AUGUACCGGGUACGUCUGCGGGUGUGAACUGCUUGUGAUUCAGAAAGGUACCGUGGAAUUCUGCUCGGUGUUGAUCCGGAGCAGAACUCCGACAGAGUAAAAACUUAAAACACUUCCUUAUGGGGUAUCCAAGAGCCCGUCUGGAAUUCUUAAGCGGGUUCCCUAUCAGUAGGAGAAAAUAACAGAGGCCAAGCAGACGACACAAAAGGAAAGAGGAAUGAGGAGGGAAGAGGAAACCGAGCGAGCUCAGGCUCCAAAACUCUUUCACUUGUAGUUUCUGCAAUCUCCAGAUGUAAUAUCUGGUUAUGCAAUGUGAGAAACGUGAGGCUGGACCAGGCAGAUCUUUCCUACGAGUUAUUUAGGAAAUAGAGGACACCAGAAGGAAGAGAGAGCGAAAGAGAACGUGAAACACCACUAGCAAGGUUAUCUGAAGAUUUGUAAGAUGAAAUUGCUUCCUAUUCAGGUUGAGUAAUUUAAUAUUUUAGGAAAUGGAAAGGAUAGGAAAGGAAAUGUAAUGAUGCAAAGUUUAAUUUUGUAACCCAUUAGACGGGAAAGAGGGAAGAGAUAAAAGAGCCAAAAGAGAUAAAAGAAAAGGAUGUGAGGUUACGUAAUGUGAUUAUAUGUAAAACCAAUUAUAUAUAUAUAUAUAUAUAUAUAUAUAUAUAUAUAUAUAUAUAUAUAUAAAAUAAAUUUAAACCUUAACACUAAGGAUACAAUGAACAGGACACCACAACAACAGGAAAAGAGAUCGAUAGAGAAAAUGAAACCCACGCUCUUUCUGGCCCUACAGUCAAACCUCGGUUGUCGAACGUAAUCCAUUCCGGAAGCGCGUUCGGCUUCCGAAAGACGUUCGAAAACCGGAGCAUUUACUUCUGGGUUUUUGACGUUCGGGAGCCGAAACGUUCCAAAACAGAGGCAUUUGGGAUCCGAGGUUUGACUUUAUUUUUUAUAGCCAGCGUGACCUUGACAGAAAGAGAUACAGAAAGAGUACAGUUUAAGCCAGCUGUACUCAGCUUCUCGGAAGGAAUAACCCAAACACCACGAACCUUCUGCUCGUUUCACGCAGAGAAGCUCCCAGAACCCUCUUGAACUGAGUAGCAUAGGAGAGAGCAAUACUUUCUGAACUAAGAAAUGCAAACUGGCAAAAGGGGCUCCGGGUGGGGCGUUGUUCACUUACGUUUAGAAGUGCAAAAAGGCGGGGAAUGACCUAUGCCCUCUCUCUGCUUUCCUCCCCGGCAGAAUAACUUCCCUGCCAGCAGCCCAGAGCGGCUGCAGGACCUCAAAUCGACGGUGGAUCUCCUGACCAGCAUCACUUUUUUCCGGAUGAAGGUAAUAACCACAAGGAGCUGAGCACUUGUCUGCGUUUCCCAGCGCCGCUGCUGAGUUCGGGGGGAAGAGCUGUGCGGCUCAGUGGCAUGGCAGCGGGUUGGACUAGAUGACCGCUGGGGUUCCUACUGACUCUACAAUCCCGUGGUCUGCCUCGGAUGCAGGAGGACCCAGUUUCGGUCCGAAACGGCAUUUCCAAGUACAGUUAUACCUCGGGUCACAGACGCUUCAGGUUGCGUUUCUUCGGGUUAUGGGCCCAGUGAAACCCGGAAGUACCGGAACGGGUUACUUCCGGGUUUCGGGGGUCGUGCAUGCACAGAAGCGCUAGAUUGCACUUUGCGCAUGCGCAGAAGCGCCGAAUCGCAACCCACACGUGCGCAGAUGCGCCGCUGCAGGUUGCAAACAUGCAUCCCGCUCGGAUCACAUUCGCAACCCUGAAGGAAUGGGUUUCCCAAACCCAAAAACUGACUGUGCAGGCAGUUUGAAACUGCACCAAAAUCCUUAUUUUUUCUUGGCUAAAAUCCAUUAACUUGAGCUCUGAGUCAAUGUAUAAACAAAAACCCGGCUGUGCUCAGAGCCCUCUCCUUUAUCAGUUUGUGAUGGCAGGGAUGACCCUGACUGCACCAGUAGAACAGAGAAGACACGUCUGUGCCUUAUCUUAUGUCCUGACCACAAAAGACGCACAGACCUAAGUCCGGAACAACGCCAAAAGCGUUCUCGGAAAUGACACCUCUUCCUCCAAGAUAAGAGUAGGAAGAAGAAGAUCCUUUUAUGGUCAGAAGUACAGGAAGGAAUUCCCUUUUAUGGUUAAGAAUACCAGAGCAAGAACAUAUGUGAUGUCAACCUGCGUACAUAGGCUGACGUGGUUGGACUCCUGGGGAAGGAGGGAGAGGGUGCCUGGAGGAUAUAUAUACUGCAUGAAACUUCUCAUUUCUUUGGACUUGCUGUGGACUCACCACGCAAGUGCCUUCUGCUAUCCGGAGAGCAGAAUAAACUCUUUCUUGGAAUCAACCUCGGUGUCAUUUGACUUCCUUCCUCCUAUCCCGGAGCAACGCAGACCCAAUCGGUGAACUCCAAUAAGGCUACAACCCGAGCGUCCGUUGUAAUAGGGCAGGGGAAGAGGCCUGAGAUUUGCCCAGAGACCUGAGCUUCCCCUGUUUUGGGUUUUUGCGACCACCGCGGGGCAGGGGUAACGAGUGCGAGUCUCGUGCAGGUCCAGGAGCUUCAGAGUCCCCCGCGAGCCAGCCAGGUGGUGAAAGACUGCGUGAAGGCCUGCCUCAACUCCACGUACGAGUACAUCUUCAACAACUGCCACGAGCUCUACAGUCGGGAGUACCAGACCGAUCCGGUGAGAUUUGCGGGGGUUUCUAUCAUGCAGGGCACCGAGAGAUGGGGUGGGGGUAUCUGAGUUGGGGGUGAAGGAAUGGGUUUCUGUGCAGUCAGUCUGAAACGGGACCCAAAAUCCACAUUUUUCCUUCUCCAAGGGAGCAUUUCUAAAAUGCAUUAACUUGAGCUCUUGAGUCAAUGUAUAAACAGAAAGACAGCUGUAUAAACAAGUGCUCAAAGCCCUCUCCUUUAUCAGUCCGUGACGGCAAUGGAUGGCCUUGCCAGUUCCGAGUGGAGCAGGGAUGGCACGUCUGGGUCUUAUCUUACACACUGAUGCACAGACCUUGUCAGGUCUGACAAGAGACCCGGGAACGGCGCCAGGAGAGCUCUUAGAGUUGGUGACCUUCCUGCCCCAAGAUAAGAGUAUAGGAACAGGAACAGGAACAACCUUUUUUGGUCAAGAGUACCGGAACAGGAAUAUCUGUUUAUGGUCAUGGAUGUCAACUUACGUGUAUAAGCUGACGUGGUUGGAAGCGGGGAGAGGGUGCCUGCAUGAAAUUUCUCAUUUCUUUGGACUUGCUGGGAACUGAUCAUGCAAGUGCCUUCUGCUAUCUGGAGAGCAGAAUAAACUCUUUCUCUGAAUCAACCUCAGUGUCAUUUGAUUCCCUUCCUUCCUCCCGUCCGGGAGCAACGCAGACCCAACCAGUCGGUAAAGUCUAAUAAGGCUACAGGUGGACAUGGCCCCGGCAGCUGCAGAUCGGUAUUUCCCAGGCUUUGUCUGUCCCAAGACAGAGCUGCUGGCAUUUUGACCCUGGACUCAGCUACAUUAGUCAAGAAACAGCGUUUUGAAUGCGUUAUAAACAUGCAACACCAGGAGGCGCCAGAGAGCAAAAAAAAUUUCUAAGCUGUUUUCUAUAGCGGUUUUCCCCCCUCUUUUGUUAUAACAAUUUAAUUUCUGACUUAUUUAUAGCGGGGUUUCCCCCCACUGCCUACUGCACUACCACCCCAUCCUAGCAGAAAGGCAGUUUGUCAAGCGAUACCAAGCAGUCGAUGGGAUUCCCCUUUGUCCCCAAAAACUGGAUCUGCUCUCCAGCCUUGAGCCAUUUAUUUAUUGCAUUUAUGUAAAUUUAUGGGACGCGGGUGGCGCUGUGGGUUAAACCACAGAGCCCAAGACUUGCCGAUCUGAAGGUCGGCGGUUCAAAUCCCCACAAUGACGGAGUGAGCUCCCGUUGCUCAGUCCCUGCUCCUGCCAACCUAGCAGUUCGAAAGCACAAAGUGCAAGUAGAUAAAUAGGUACCACUCCAGCGGGAAGGUAAACGGCGUUUCCGUGCGCUGCUCUGGUUUGCCAGAAGCAGCUUAGUCCCGCUGGCCACAUGACCCGGAAGCUGGACGCCGGCUCCCUCGGCCAGUAAAGCGAGAUGAGCGCCGCAACCCCAGAGUCAUUCACGACUGGACCUAAUGGUCAGGGGUCCCUUUACCUUUAUGUUUAUUAUAUAUUAUAGCCUUGGUCUUAGGAGUAGCAUUUUCUUACCGCAUGCAAGACAUGAGAGAGAAUACCUCUAUAUCGAAGAGGCAUUCUCUCCUGAGAGAGGAAGAAUGCCGCCUCUUAGAUAUAGAACAGGAAAACCUGCGCGUCUGCAAAUGUUGUAGGAUCCCAAUUCUCAGCAGCCAGUAUGCCGAAUAUUCAGGGAAGAUGGGGAGUUGAAACCUUGAGCUAAUCUUUGGUCCCCCAAUAGGAUUCCAGCUGCAUUUCCAGUUCCUCUUGUCGUCCCCCCCCAAAAAAUAAGAAAAUAACUUCUGGGGGGUGGGCCUUGAAAAUGGAAAUUGUGAUGAUCUGUUGUUGUUGUUUAGUCGUUUAGUCGUGUCCGACUCUUCGUGACCCCCUAGACCAGAGCACGCCAGGCCCUCCUGUCUUCCACUCUCUACCGCAGUUUGGUCAAACUCAUGCUGGUAGCUUCGAGAACGCUGUCCAACCAUCUCGUCCUCUGUCGUCCCCUUCUCCUUGCGCCCUUCAUCUUCCCCAACAUCAGGGUCUUUUCCAGGGAGUCUUCUCGUCUCAUGAGGUGGCCAAAGUCUUGGAGCCUCAGCUUCAGGAUCUGUCCUUCCAGUGAGCACUCAGGGCUGAUUUCCUUCAGAAUGGAGAGGUUUGAUCUUCUUGCAGUCCAUGGGACUCUCAAGAGUCUCCUCUUGAUUGAGGAAAGGAGCUAUUGUGAUGAUAGCUUUGCUUAAUCUGAUACGUCUUUUGUUUCGGGUCCUUCCAGACUAAGAAAGGAGAACUCCCACCGGAAGAACAAGGCCCCAGCAUUAAGAAUCUGGAUUUUUGGUCCAAGCUUAUCACCUUGAUCGUCUCCAUCAUCGAGGAAGAUAAGAACUCAUACACACCCUGCCUCAACCAGUAAGAUCCUUAGCGGUGCAGUUCCGCCUGAUGCACGUUAAAAAUAACGUUCUAUAGCAGGGAAAAGGUGUGGGGUGGAAAACGCCCGUAAUUCCCUUACGAUGAAAGUUUACAAUGUUGGGGGGAACAGAUCAAAGAAAUGCUUGCGUGGGGACGAGUCCAUCGAUAGCUACUAGUCUUAAUGGCUGCGGACCCCAGCUGGAAAUUGGAACCCAAUUUCUCAGGGUCUUAAGAGCAUUAUCAGGCACAGUUCCUGCUUGUGGACAUCUGCUGGACAAUGUGGACCUUCCGUCUGGUCCAGCAGGGCUCACCCCCUGAAGCCAGGUACACAAAUGUCUGGUCCAGACUAGUCUCAGAGGGUUCGGCCGCCCCCGCUGAUGUUUGCGGCAGGUUUAUCCUGAGGAAGUCUCAUCCCAGGUUCCUCUGACCCCCUCGCCAGGUUCCCCCAAGAGCUGAACGUUGGGAAGAUCAGCGCCGAAGUGAUGUGGAACCUUUUUGCUCAGGAUAUGAAAUAUGCAAUGGAAGGUGAGUCAGUGUGGUGUAGUGGUUAAGAGCGGUGGACUCGUAAUCUGGUGAACCGGCUUCGCUUCCCUGCUCCUCCACAUGCAGCUGCUGGGUGACCUUGGGCUAGUCACACUUCUCUGAAGUCUCUCAGCCCCACUCACCUCACAGAGUGUUUGUUGUGGGGGAGGAGGAAGGGAAAGGAGAAUGUUAGCCGCUUUGAGACUCCUUCGGGUAGUGAUAAAGCGGGAUAUCAAAUCCAACCUCUUCUUCUUCUUCCUUUGAGAGCUGGGGAGGGGGUGGGCUGUUUUCCUUUUGGAGACCCCUCACUCAGUAGAGGACCUUCUCCAUCCACCUGUCAGGGGCUGGACUGAGGAGGAAUGGUGGGAGCUGUCCUCUCCCCUUCUUCUCCUGAAGCUUCCUAAGGGCAGGAGGACAGUAUUGAUUUAGAACAGCGGUUUGCAGAGGGGCACAUUCCAAAGAGGGGAGACACUUGGUGAGGAACAGCUAGGAAACACCAGGAGAGAGAGAGACAGCGGGCAGAUUCAGUGUCUUAGAAUCAUAGAAUCAUAGAGUUGGAAGAGACCACAAGGGCCAUCGAGUCCAACCCCCUGCCAAGCAGGAAACACCAUCAGAGCACUCCUGACAUAUGGUUGUCAAGCCUCUGCUUAAAGACCUCCAAAGAAGGAGACUCCACCACACUCCUUGGCAGCAAAUUCCACUGUCGAACAGCUCUCACUGUCAGGAAGUUCUUCCUAAUGUUUAGGUGGAAUCUUCUUUCUUGUAGUUUGGAUCCAUUGCUCCGUGUCCGCUUCUCUGGAGCAGCAGAAAACAACCUUUCUCCCUCCUCUAUGUGACAUCCUUUUCUAUAUUUGAAGAUGGCUAUCAUAUCACCCCUUAACCUCCUCUUCUCCAGGCUAAACAUGCCCAGCUCCCUUAGCCGUUCCUCAUAAGGCAUCGUUUCCAGGCCUUUGACCAUUUUGGUUGCCCUCCUCUGGACACGUUCCAGUUUGUCAGUGUCCUUCUUGAACUGUGGUGCCCAGAACUGGACACAGUACUCCAGGUGAGGUCUGACCAGAGCAGAAUACAGUGGCACUAUUACUUUCCUUGAUCUAGAUGCUAUACUCCUAUUGAUGCAGCCCAGAAUUGGGACAGCAUUCCUACCCCCCCCCCCACACACACACUUUGCCUAAGACUAGACAGGUUUAGAGAGCUAUAGAACAGAGAGCGCAGCGGCGACAAGCUCAGACUACCUGACGUAGGAGUGAUAUAAUAAUAAUAAUAAUAAUAAUAAUAAUAAUAAUAUGCCUUUAGCCCGGUAUGGCUCCCCUUUAUCACAUACACAGCCCAACAAGACAACGACAAUAAUCCACCAACAGCAUACAAAUCAAUAUGGCUAACCUGAUCCAAAACACCCACCCACCCCACUCACACACGAAAACAAAGAUCACCACAGUCAAUCACAAACAAACAACCACACCAUAAUAAUAAUAAUUUUUAUUUACACCCCACCCUCCCCGGCCAGAGCUGGGCUCAGGAUGGCUAACACCAAUAAAAUUACAGUUGUUGUUGUUGUUGUUUAGUCGUUUAGUCUACACAAAAAACAGCAACCAUUUGUUGUUGACAAAGGAAAGUAAACGGCGUUUCCGUGCGCUGCUCUGGUUUCGCCAGAAGCAGCUUAGUCCUGCUGGCCACAUGACCCGGAAAAACUGUCUGCGGACAAACGCCGGCUCCUUCGGCCAGUAAAGCAAGAUGAGCGCCGCAACCCCAGAGUUGUCCACGACUGGACUUAACUGUCAGGGGUCCCUUUACCUUUAAGAGAAGCAGGGGAGCUCCUUCAAGGUGUAUACAGGCUCGUCUUUCCUUUUCUCCUCCUCUGCAGAGCAUGACAAGCAUCGGUUGUGCAAAAGUGCCGAUUACAUGAACCUGCACUUUAAGGUGAAAUGGCUCUACAACGAAUACGUCACAGACCUCCCUUCUUUCAAGAGUCGCGUUCCAGAGUAUCCGGCGUAAGUCCCCCUUUCUCUUUUUUCUCUCUCCCCCAAACUGAGAUUAUUUUCUUACCUAUCUCUCUCUCUCUCCUAUUUUCUAGGUGGUUUGAACCUUUUGUUAUCCAGUGGCUGGAUGAGAACGAGGAAGUCUCGCGAGAUUUCUUGCACGGAGCCCUAGAACGAGACAAGAAGGAUGGGGUAGGGUAUCAACCGCACUGCUGACUAGCAUCAAGUUUGUGGUCUACUAAGACCCCCUAGAUCUUCUUCGCAGGUGUGCUACUUGGCUACUUGGCAAUCCAAGAAGCCUGUCAUAUAAGGGUUGGGUGGUGACAGUAGGAUUCCGAACACCAUUCAAAGUGUUGGUGCUGACCUUGAAAGUCCUAAACGGCCCAGUUUACCUGAAGGAGCGUCUCCAUCCCCAUCGUUCAGCCCGGACGCUGAGGUCCAGCUCCGAGGGCCUUCUGGCGGUUCCCUCCCUGCGAGAAGCAAAGUUCCAGGGAACCAGACAGAGGGCCUUCUCGGUGGUGGCGCCCGCCCUGUGGAACGCCCUCCCACCAGAUGUGAAGGAAAUAAGCAGCUAUCUGACUUUUAGAAGGCAUCUGAAGGCAGCCCUGUUUAAGGAAGUGUUUAAUGUUUGAUGCUGUAUUGUGUUUUUAAUAUUCUGUUGGGAGCCGCCCAGAGCGGCUGGGGAAACCCAGCCAGAUGGGCGGGGUAUAAAUAAUAAAUUAUUAUUGUUGUUGUUGUUAUUAAGCCUGAGGGAUGUAUCAAUACAUUGCCUGAAACCUGUUUAAAGUUGGAGAGACAUUUCAGAAUUCCCCUGGCCUCACUGAACAUUGCAGACUUUGCACAUUGCACAACAUUGCACGCUUCAAUCAGGAAAGCCCAGCCAAGUAGCCCAUCUGACCCCCAAUACCCGGUGCUGAAUUAGCUUCAAAGCAAUCCAUUACAAUCUAUUGUGAGGUUGUUGUGAGGACUGGAGAGCCAUGUACACGGCCACAAGCUCCUUGCAGGAUGAGGAUUUGGGCAGAACAGCUAGUCGACUCCGAGGGCCUUCUGGCGGUUCCCUCGCUGCGAGAAGCAAAGUGGCGGGGAACCAGGCAGAGGGCCUAAUGUUAGGAUAUUUCCAUUCCACCUUAAAAGGGAGCAGGCUAUGAGUCACAGAGUCUGCGUAUUUCCUGUUCACAGGAUGUUUAUGUUUUCUGUUGCUUUCCUUUCUCUCUGUGUGUCGGAGACACUGACGCAGGCAGUCAUGUCUUUCUGUGUUCUGAUCAACGCUGAAUAAACUUGUAAAUAAUGCUCUCCUGAGUGCAACUUUUGGCUGUGCAUUAUCUGCUGAUAGAGUGUGCAUGAGCUCUGGAAUGUGGCAAGAUAUUUUCUAGAAACUCAUGUCGCUAAUUGCUGAUACUGCGUGCCUACGGGAGGUCGAUGGAUCGCUGGCAGACGGCUUGGGGGCCUUGAUGGACUUUAUCUCCCUGGCAGUAUCCCAACAACUAAUAAUAAUAAUAAUAAUUUAUUAUUCAUACCCUGCCUAUCUGGCUGGGUUUCCCCAGCCACUCUGGGCGGCUUCCAACAGAAUAUUAAAAUACAAAAACCUAUUAAACAUUAAAAGCUUCCCUGAACAGGGCUGCCUUCAGAUGUCUUCUAAAAGUCAGGUAGUUGUUUCUCUCUUUGACAUCUGGUGGGAGGUCGUUCCACAGGGCGGGCGCCACCACUGAGAAGGCCAUCUGCCAGGUUCCCUGUAACUUGGCUUCUCGCAGCGAGGGAACCGCCAGAAGGCCCUCGGAGCUGGACCUCCGUGUCCGGGCAGAACGAUGGGGGUGGAGACGCUCCUUCAGGUAUACUGGACCGAGGCCUUCUUGGUGGUGGCGCCCUCCCUGUGGAACACCCUCCAGUCAGAUGUCAAUGGGGACAAAGAGCUGCGCAACUUUUAGAAGACACCUGAAGGCAGCCCUAUAUUGGGAGGUUUAAUGUUUUAUUGUGUUUGUAUAUAUUUUGGAAGCCGCCCAGAAUGGCUGGGGCAACCCGGCCGGAUGGGCGAUGUAUAAAUAUUGUUGUUGUUGCUGUUGCUGUUGUUGUUGUUGUUGUUAUACCCCACCCAUCUGGCUGUCCCAGCCAAUCUGGGUAACUAUUCCAUCCCCUCCAACAUUAUCAUUACUGAAAUCGAGAAACCGCACCGGAAUCCCAUUCCUGUGAAAUGUUUUGUAAGGAUGCCAGGUUCCUCUCCUCCAAAUGGGACCGAUCGACUCACCAGACCCUCUCGUCUGCCUCCCCUUUAGUUCCAGCAAACGUCGGAGCAUGCCCUAUUCUCCUGCUCGGUGGUCGACGUCUUUUCCCAGCUGAACCAGAGCUUCGAAAUCAUCAAGAAGCUGGAAUGCCCCGAUCCGCAGAUUGUGGGCCACUACAUGCGCAGGUUCGCCAAGGUAAGAACGUGUUACGUGCGAUGGCAGUGACUUAGGAGCGUUGCAUAUAUAUAUAUAUAUAUAUAUAUAUAUAUAUAUAUAUACACACACAGUGGUGCCUCGCAAGACGAAAUUAAUCCGUUCCGCGAGUCUCUUCGUCUUGCGUUUUUUUCGUCUUGCGAAGCACGGCUAUUAGCGGCUUAGCGGCUUUAAGAAAAAGGAAACAAACUCGCAAGAACUCGCAAGACGUUUCGUCUUGCGAAGCAAGCCCAUAGGGAAAUUCGUCUUGCGGAACGACUCAAAAAACGCAAAACCCUUUCGUCUAGCGAGUUUUUCGUCUUGCGAGGCAUUCGUCUUGCGGGGCACCACUGUAUAUAUAUAUACAUACACACAUACAUACAUAUACACAUACACACACACACACACACACACACACACACACAUAUGGGAGGCAAUAGUGUUGUAAACAAAAAUUGCCCUUUUCCCUUAUGGGGUAUCCAAGAGCCCAUAUAGAGUCCUUACGUGGGUUCCCUAUUGGUAGGAGAGAAUAGCAGAGGCCAACCAGAGAAUAUUGAGAAGCAAAGCAGCUAGUAAGCCUGAUCUUUAUGGAUCUGUUGCAACAGGGUGCUCCCCUCACACGCAGGAGAGGAGGAGGAACCCAUAAAAAUGGUGUGCAAUGCCUUAUAAAGACUUUUGAAAUUGCCACCCUGUAGAUCCAGACCACCCCAAGAAACAUCAUACAUACAUCACAGAAGGGGUGUAACCUAAGACCACCCCUCAGAUACAUCACACCUACAUCACAGAAAAGGCGGUCUACAACAGAAAUUUGAAUGUUGUUUUUCUCCUGUCCUUGUUUAUCUGGCAGGUUACUUGACUGGAUUGCCUGGGGAGCCUGGCCAGUCUUUUGUAGUGAUAAAUACUUAGUUCCUGGGCCAGGUCACAGGCUCACACCCUAUUCAUAUCUUAAAUGUGCCCUUAAGACAGGAUUUGUGAGGAAAGAGAGAAUGGGAAGUUUCCCACUUUGACCUUGCAGAGAAAACAUUUGCUCAGUUUAGGAAUCAAAAUGGUUCCAGGUUGGUCUUCCUGUGCUGAUCUAGGUACAUGCUUGGUUGGUACACUUAUGAACAUUACCAUAUAUCUAAGACCUCAAAAUUCCUAUCACAAUAGCACCCCGCUUUCUUCGUCUCGUCAGCCUCCCCUCCUCUUUUCCCUUCCAGACCAUUAGCAACGUCCUGCUGCAAUACGCUGAAAUCAUCUCCAAGGACUUUGCUUCUCAUUGCUCCAAGGAGAAGGAAAAAGUGGUGAUGUAUCUGUUUUUUAGCUCUUCCCCCUUCCAUCUCCAAGUGUCCAAAGGACAGAUUUCAGGGGUCAGCAAACUUUUUCAGCAGGGGGGCCGGUCCACUGUCCCUCAGACCAUGUGGUGGGCUGGACUAUAUUUUUUGGGGGGGGAAUGAACGAAUUCCUAUGCCCCACAAAUAACCCAGAGGUGCAUUUUAAAGAAAAGGACACAUUCUACUCAUGUAAAAACAUGCUGAUUCCCGGACCAUCCGCCGGCCAGAUUGAGAAGGCGAUUGGGCCGGAUCCAGCCCCCGGGCCUUAGUUUGCCUACCCAUGGAUUUGGGAUUCCCAAAGAACAGCAGCGAGGCACCAAAGGGGCUGGGGCUGGGCUGGGGACACAUGAUGUUGACCCUAAAUGACUCGGGGCCACAAAGUUUGAGAGACCGGCUCCUUCUCUACACAUCCUCCCGGUAGUUAAGAUGAGCAGAGGGGGACUUUUCGCUAGUUCCACUGCCCUCUGAUGUUUGGGGUGGUUGUGGUCUGGGACAGGGCCUUCUCUGUGGCAGCCCCAAAGAUGUGAAGUUUAAUUUCAUUGCCAUCUGGGUGAAUUUGACGGGUCGGCGUUCAUACCCACCUUAUUUUGCGGGCCUCGAAUGUGUUUUCAGGGCCCUCCCUCUUCCCGGGACAGCAAUUUGUUUAAACUAUUUUUAAUUUAUGCAUUUUAAAUGGUCGUGACCUGCUGGUGAAUAGAGAGUUUAGGGUAAUAUUGGUGGCGGCGAUAUAUGAAACCUGGGCCAGCCAAAUCAGCACUUUGGACAGUUCCCAAUGGGUACUGAAGGCUGAGCUUUGGAAGAUGAUGUCUCAGCAAAGAACCAUGGGUGUCGCUGAACUCGAAUCAUGCUGUUUGCUGGCCUGGAUGCACAAGAGAGAGUGGUGUGUGUGUUUUUGUGUGUGUGUGUGUGUGUGUGUGUGUGUGUACAAAGUAGCCUCCCGUAUAAAGGGGGAAAUUCCAUUCCGUGCUCCCUCCACGAUGUAGAGAGCGACUUCCCGGAAUAAUUAGAGAAAGAAAAGAAGGAGGUUUCCGCCUUUCCUAGGAAUCCCAGUGCCUUCGUAACGACGUGUCCGUUUUGUUUUCUUUCUCCCUUUGCAGCCCUGUAUCUUGAUGAACAACAUCCAGCAGCUGCGGGUCCAACUGGAGAAAAUGUUUGAAGCCAUGGGGGGGAAAGAGGUUUGCAUUUCUUAAAAGGUCUUUGGGGGCCGGACAGGUCACAGGACAGAGCGGCUGGGGCCACAGAGCAGCUGAGAAAAGGUGGAAAGGCAGAGCUCUUUCUGCGUCCUGUGUAGCUUUGCCUCCUCAGCUCACCACCUGCAGUUAGGGGUGGUGAAGACUUAAGUCCCAAUAGCUUGGCUGUUCUGCUUUUCUUGAUGGAAUGGGGAGAGGGGCACCAGCCGAACAUUAGGUUUACUGCAGCCUGAAUGUUCCUUCUCGCUCUCAAACAUCUGCCGCAUUGGUGCCUAUUUGGACUGGAUCUCUACAAACCACACUUUGGAGGUCCCCAGCCUCAAGGAGGUUAGACUGGUUUCAACUAGGGCCAGGGCCUUUUCAGCACUGGCCCCGACGUGGUGGAACGCUCCGUCCCAAGAGACCAGGGCCCUGCGGGACUUGACAUUUUUCCGCAGGGCCUGCAAGACAGAGCUGUUCUUCCUGGCCUUUGGUUUGGACUCGGUCUGACCCUUAUGUUUCCCUCCCCUUAUGGUCUUGAUUUAUCAGCUAUUUUAAAAUGAGGCUGCAUUUUAAACUGCAUUUUAACCUGUAUUUUAAAUUGGGCUUUGUUCCCCUUUUCUUUCCUCCCCCCUCUCUUUUUCCCCUAUUAUGUUUUUACUCUGAUUUUAUUGGUGUUAGCCGCCCUGAGCCUGCCUCUGGCCGGGGAGGGCGGGUUAUAAAUAAAAUUUAUUAUUAUUAUUAUUAUUAUUAUUAUUUGUUGGGUUGAAAAUCACGACAGACGAGUGGCAGGUGUCAUAUGAGAGGCGUCUGCUGGGGCGAGCCCCGGGAACUCUCUUUUAUUGAAUAUUACAAACAUUGCCACAGGUGUGCUUGUGGCUGAUUGGUUGAUACAAACACAAAGCAUCUUGUUGCUGAUUGGUUGACAUAGGUACAAGGCGGAAUUACAUAUAACUAUUUAUCACUGAUAGAUCAAAGGCUGAGAAAUGGAGCUAGAACUAGACAGGCAUGAAUCCUCCUAAUUAAAUUAUAACUAAAGAUUAAUAUAACAUGACUAAAACAAUUACUAAUGUUUGAUCAUAACAUGAAAGAAUAUAAUAAUCAAGUUCCGUAGAUGUGGUCAGCUAUGCAUUAAGAACAGACCAUAUUGUUUUGGUCAUGAACUUGAAAUGAACUGAAGAAUGAGAGAAUGUCUUGGUGUGUUUGGCUUGGUGUGUUUGGAACAGUGUGUGCAGAAGCAGAAGCGAGACUUCCCAGAAUGCAAGAGAAAAGAAGCAAUAGUUCUCAUAGCAAGACUUCCCACAAUGCCACAGUUAUGUGCAGUAAGAGAACUGCAGAAAGAGAACUUCCCUUUAAUUAUUGGCAACAAUAAGGCCGAGGAAGAGGUGGGAACUGACAAGCAGCCCCCCCCCCCCACUGAACUGGUUGUUAGCAAGAAGGUGGGGGGGGUUGGCUAUGGGGAGACUGAAGCUGGCGGGGCCCCCCAUGGACCAGACUGCCUUGCGUGAGUCUUCGGCUCCAGCCAAACCUACAACUUCCCUUUCCCUCACAGAAGGUUGACUACAAACUGCUUAGUCCCCCGAGCAACUCUGCAUUCAUCUGCGCCAAAGGCUUGACCUCAGUAGGAUAGAGAUGCAAAUCUAUAAGAAGUCUCUAGCUGGAGAAUUUGCCCUUGGGGGGGGGGCCUUCCUAUUAAUCUUCCAAGGAUGAACAUUGCUCUCUUGCCUUCUGCCGUUCCAGCUGGACCCAGAAGCCAGCGACAUUCUGAAGGAGCUACAAGUGAAACUCAACAACGUCUUGGACGAGCUGAGUCGAGUGUUUGCAACCAGGUAGGGCUGAUUCGAAAGAAGGUCAAAGUGCAAGUAGAUAAAUAGGUACCGCUCUGGCGGGAAGGUAAACGGCGUUUCCGUGCGCUGCUCUGGUUCACCAAGAGCAGCUUAGUCCUGCUGGUCACAUGACCCAGAAGCUGAACACCAGCUCCCUCGGCCAGUAAAGCGAGAUGAGCGCCGCAACCCCAGAGUCGGCCGCGACUGGACCUAAUGGUCAGGGGUCCCUUUACCUUUACCUUGGGCUGAUUUAAAAACAUAACAUGACAUCAAGUAUUAAAAAGCUCCCCGGUACAAGGCUGCCUUCAGAUGUCUUCUAAAAGUUGUGUAGUUCUUUAUUUCCUUGACAUCUGAUGGGAGGGCGUUCCACAGGGCGGGCGCCACCACCGAGAAGGCCCUCUGCUUGGUUCCCUGUAACUUCACUUUUCUCAGGGAGGGAACCACCAGAAGGCCCUCGGAGCUGGACCUCAGUGUCCGGGCAGAACGAUGGGGGUGGAGAUGCUCCUUCAGGGCUACUGGGCCGUUUAGGGCUUUGAAGGUCAGCACCAACCCUUUGAAUUGUGCUCAGAAAUAUCCUGGGAGCCAACGUAGGUCUUUCAGGUCCGGUGUUAUGUGGUCUCCACUCCCAGUCCCCAGUCUAGCUGCAGCAUUCUGGAUAAGUUGCAGUUUCUGAGUCGCCUUCAAAGGUAGCCCCACGGAGAGCCCAUGGCAGUAGUCCAAGUGGGAGAUAACCAGAGCAUGCACCACUCUGGCGAGACAGUGCGCAAGCAGGGAGGGUCCCAUCCUGCUUACCAGAUGGAUAUUAAAAACACAAUAAAACACCAGACAUUAAAAACUUCCCUAAACAGGGCUGCCUUCAGAUGUCUUCUCAAAGUCAGAUAGUUGUUUAUUUCCUUGACAUCUGGCGGGAGGGCGCCACCACCGAGAAGGCCCUCUGCCUGGUUCCCUGCAACCUCGCUUCUCUAAAUUCUUAUUAUUAUUAUCUCCUCACCCCCAAGUUUCCAGCCACACAUCGAGGACUGCGUGAAGCAGAUGGGGGACAUUCUCAGCCAGGUGAAGGGCACAGGCAACGUGCCGGCCAGCGCUUGUAGCAGCGUAGCCCAAGACGCCGACAACGUCUUGCAGCCCAUCAUGGACCUUCUCGACAGCAAGUGAGUGGUGAUGCCAUAGAUGCUGAGGUCUAGGACCACAAGUUCAGCCUAUGGAGGCAUGCGUGUGGCUUUUGUUUUGUUUUUUAAUAAUAAUAAUUUUUAUUGGUUUUUACAGAUGUUUUCUUGCACAACAACAUACCGUACUUUGCACAGAUAAAACAUUUGGCUUAAAUAAGGCUGUGACUCCCCUCCUCCCCGACAAACGGUUUUCAAUUUUAAUCUCAAUAUACUGCAUUUUCCUAUACUUCUUAUCCCUCUUAAAUUAUAUCCUCAUAAAAUUACUUGAUGAACUGCAUUUAGUAAUAAAUGAUGAUUUCAUCCUUUCGAAACUUCUUACAACCCUACUAGCGAUGUUAACUGUUUACAGUUGUCUUCCGAAUGUAACAUAAAUUUAUUCCAGUCUUUCUGGAUUGCCUGGUCCUGCUGGUUCUCUCUCUCAUACACACACAAACACAAACACAAAAACACACACACUCAAAUACACAUACACACAAAGCACACACACUCAAACACACACACAAAAACACACUCAAACACACACACAAACACACACAAACACACACAAACACACACACUCAACUACAAACACACACACAUACAAACACACAACACACACUCAAAUGCACACACUCAAAUACACACACACGUACAAACAAACACACACUCAAAUACACACACACUCAAAUACACAAUACACACACAACACACACACUCAAAUACACACACACACACAGCACACACACACAACACACACAUGCGUACAAACACACACUCAAAUACACACACACUCAAAUACAAAUACACACACACAACACACACAACACACACACACUCAAAUACACACACACUCAAAUACACACACACAACACACACUCAAAUGCACACACUCAAAUACACACACACACACAAAAAACACACACUCAAAUACACACACACUCAAAUACACACACACACACACACACAUACACAUACAAACACACUCAACCACCACACUCAAAUACACACACACACUAAAUACACAUACACAAACACACACACAUACAAACACACACUCAAACACACACAAAUACACACACACAAUACACACACAACCACCACACUCAAAUACACACACACACUCAAAUACACACACACUCAAAUACACACACACUCAAAUACACACACACAUACACAUACAUACAAACACACACUCAACCACCACACUCAAAUACACACACACACUAAAUACACAUACACAAACACACACACACACACACACAAAUACACACACACAACACACACUCAAACACAAACACUCAAAUACACACACUCAAAUACACACACACAAACACAAGCACGCUUGCUCCCUCAGAUUCUGCCCCUCCUUCCCCGCUCCGGCCCUGAGUGACGCUCACCGGCUUCCCCCUGGCGGUCUUCUUCUCUCGCAGCCUGACCCUCUUUGCGAAGAUCUGCGAGAAGACCGUCCUCAAGCGAGUGCUGAAGGAGCUUUGGAAACUCGUCAUGAACACUAUGGAGAAGACGAUCGUGCUUCCGCCCCUCACGGACCAGACGGUGAGUGCCAAACCACGUGUACGACAAGAUGGGCCAACCCACUCUUCCCCCACGGCCCAACGGCACCAACACACCCCCCCAAAAAACCUCUGGGAGUGUGGGCAACCUGGUCGUGUAGGAACCCAACGUGGAAGUGUCUCAGCUGGGCCUUCAUAAAAAUGUAGACCGGUUGCACGCUUGGCUUUUAUCUUGAAAUAAGCAGGUUCCCUCCUUGUUUUCUUUUAAUGAAAGUCGGUUCCCAGCUCACGCAGCUGCUAAGAUGUGCUUAAAAAACCCCAGUCUGGUGAGGUGUGGGGUCCAGUUCACCAUAUAGACUUCCCCCACCCUCAGAAGAUAAAUGGAACUAUAUGAAAGGAGAUCCAGAUUCAUUCAAAUCUGGAUUCAGGAUGUAGGAUUUAGCUUCCCUCGGGACAGAAAGUUCACCUGUAUCUCCUUAGAUGUUGCUGGACUCGAACUCACAGCUUUCUUAGCCCCUUGGCUGUGCUGGCUGCUGGGAGUUUGGGUCCAGCAAUGUCUGGAUGGGUGCCCACCAUCCCCGAUCUAAGGAGACGGAUUCCCGUCUCAGUCUAAGGCAGUGGUUCUCAACCUGUGGCUCCCCAGAUGUUGUUGGACUACAACUCCCAUCAUCCCUGAGUUCUGGCUUUGCUAGCUAGGGGUGAUGGGAGUUGUAGUUUGACAACAUCUGGGGACCCACAGGUUGAGAAAGGCUGCCUUAAGCUCAGCUUACAGCAGGCUUCCUCAGCCAGAUGUUUUUGGCCUACAACUCCCACGAUCCCUUGCUAUCAGGACCAGUGGUCAGGGAUGAUGGGAACUGCAGUCUCGAAAACAAGAAAAAAAAUAUUCUGAAUCUCAGAAGCCAGAACAGCAAGAGGGAUCGCUGUGCAGUGAAAACAGCAAUCCCUCUUGCUCUUCUGGCUUCUGGGAUAGCUACGCAGCCUGCAUUCGCCCCAUAAGACGCACACACAUUUCCCCUUACUUUUUAGGAGGGGAAAAGUGAGUCUUAUAGAGCAAAAAAUACGGUAAAUUGCAGGUGGGAUGUGGACUAACCCCUGUAUCUUUGGGGACAGUCUGUUUAGCCACCGUAUUUGUAGAGUAGGCUUUGAUUAAAAGUGAAGGUGUUCAGAUGAGGGGUUUGCCUGUCCGACCCCCCAAUAAUUUGCUGGCUGGGGAGGAAUCCUGUUUUCCAGUGUUAUUUGGGGGGCGGAUCCGAGUGUUACUGGGGGACUUGCGGCCAUGUCUAGCUCCUACAAAACUCACUCUUACCCAAAUGUUGUGAUGCAGUAAAACAAAACAGAAAAGCUUUAUGUAAAGGGGUGGCGCUGUGGGUUAAACCACCGAGCCUAGGACUUGCCAAUCAGAAGGUCGGCGGUUCGAAUCCCCGCGACGACGGGCUGAGCUCCAGUUGCUCGGUCCCUGCUCCUGCCCACCUAGCGAUUCGAAAGCACGUCAUGUGCAAGUAGAUAAAUAGGUACCACUCCGGCGGGAAGGGAAACGGCAUUUCCGUGCGCUGCUCUGGUUCGCCAGAAGCGGCUUAGUCCUGCUGGCCACAUGACCCGAAAGCUGUACGCUGGCUCCCUUGGCCAAUAAAGCGAGAUGAGCCCCACAACCCCAGAGUCGGCCACGACUGGACCUAAUGGUCAGGGGUCCCUUUACCCUUUAAAGAGGAAAUAUACAUAUUUGGGGAAAUUAGCUAACAAUUUUUGGGGGCUGUAUUAGGUGAAAUCGCUUGCAAAAAAAAGAAAAUGCUUACACGAGACAGGAUAUGCACAAUAUGAGAUUUUGCUCUGGAUUUCUUAAAAAAUAAAUAAAUUGCAAGUUGGUGCAGGGAUAGUAUUUAUGCUUGGGGAUAUCAGGAACUGAGAGGCAGACCUAAGACCGCCUUGAGUUUCGUGGUUUAAGAAACAUGGGUUAGUUAACAUCAAGCAACUAUUUGUUUAGCUGAUGCUUUUAUAAGGAGGGUGGCCAUCUCUCGAGGAGCAGAGGGGAAGGAGAAAUUUGGUUCGGUUCAUGUUUUAAAUGCAAACUGACCACUUCUGCAAUUUUCCAAAAUGGUACUCUAGCAGAAACAGAACUGCAACUCAAAAUCCGUACAUACAUUAAUUUUGGAAGGCUGUUCCCCAGUCAGGAAUUCUGGACAAGAAUGCAAAUUGUGGGGAGAAGUGUAUGUGAAAAUGCAUAUAUUAAUGGGAUGGAGUACUGUAUUAGGGGGAACUGAUUUGCAAAAACAAAAAGUGGUUUUUAUAGGGCGGGGGGAGGGAAUUGCAUACAGAAAUGUACACUAGGAUAAAUUUACAGCAUGGACAUUCAUGUGUUGUUGUUUUUAAGUCGCAAACCGAUGCAGAAAUGGGAGAUAGCUCAGUCAGCAGUGAACGAGGCUCCUGAUUUUAGGGUUGUGGGUUCGAGUCACAAGUCGGGCAAAAGAUUCCUGCGUUGCAGGGGGUUGGACUAGAUGACCCCUGGGGUCUCUUCCAGCUCUGCCAUUCUGAGUUUCCGCGAGCGCUAGAAGUCGUGAAUCCAACGAGGCUGGACACUGGGAGAUUCAGGACAGAUAAAGAAAGCCUGUGGAACACUCUGCCACAGGAAGCAGUGACAGCCACCAACCCAGAUGGCUUUAAAAGAGGAUAUGGGGGAGGAUCAUUGAGGAAAGAGCUAUUAAUGGCUGCUUAAACCACAGAGCCUAGGACUUGCUGAUCAGAAGGUCGGCGGUUCGAAUCCCUGCAAUGACGGGGUGAGCUCCCGUUGCUCGGCCCCUGCUCCUGCCAACCUAGCAGUUCGAAAGCACCUCAAAGUGCAAGUAGAUAAAUAGGUACCGCUCUGGUGGGAAGGUAAACGGCGUUUCCGUGCGCUGCUCUGGUUCACCAGAAGCGGCUUAGUCCUGCUGGCCACAUGACCCGGAAGCUGUACGUCGGCUCCCUCGGCCAGUAAAGCGAGAUGAGCGCCGCAACCCCAGAGUCAGUCACGACUGGACCUAAUGGUCAGGGGUCCCUUUACCUUUUUAAGGCGUCAUGGGCUUUGAAGUUACAGGUAGGCAGCCGUGUUGGUCUGCCGUAGUAAAAAAAAAAUUAAAAAAAUCCUUCCAGUAGGCUUUGAAGACACUCGAACUCAGGACGCAAGGGAGAAACGUGCUAAGAGGAAGGCAUGCUUGGCAAACCCUCACCGGGAUCAACUCCUGCCCGGAAACCAAUGUCCCCACUGUGGAAGGAUGUGUGGAUCCAGAAUUGGCCUCCAAAGCCACUUACGGACCCACUGCUAAGUGGCUUAGUCCUGCUGGCCACAUGGCCCGGAAGCUGUACUCCGGCUCCCUCGGCCAGUAAAGCGAGAAGAGCGCCGCAACCCCAGAGUCGGCCACGACUGGACCUAAUGGAUCUGUGGAUCCCAGUUGCUGGAAACUGCAGGAGGCGAGAGGUGCUCUCGCACCCAGAUCCCACAGGAAUCUGGUCAGCCACUGUGAGAACAGGAUCCGGACUCGAUGGACCACUGGCCUAAUCAAGCAGCCCUCUUAUGGUUUUAUGAGCAAUGGUUUUCCAAGAGAAGGAGACCCGUCCCGGUUAAAGGAGGACGUGGCGAUUGCAAGACGGAAACAAUGGAGGAAAAACCCCGAAUUAUAUUAUAAUUUUAGAAUACCUAACUGUGAAACAGGUGGCGCUGUGGGUUAAACCACAGAGCCUAGGACUUGCUGAUCAGAAGGUCGGCGGUUCGAAUCCCUGCAAUGACGGGGUGAGCUCCCGUUGCUCAGUCCCUGCUCCUGCCAACUGAGCAGUUCGAAAGCACGCCAAAGUGCAAGUAGAUAAAUAGGUACCACUCCGACGGGAAGGGAAACGGCAUUUCCAUGCGCUGCUCUGGUUUGCCAGAAGUGGCUUAGUCCUGCUGGCCACAUGACCCAGAAGCUGUACGCCGGCUCCCUCGUCCAAUAAAGCGAGAUGAGCGCCGCAACCCCAGAGUCGGUCACGACUGGACCUAAUGGUCAGGGUCCCUUUACCUUUAACUGUGAAGAGACAUAGAAUGAAAGGGUUUAAGGUCAGUGAAAAGGAGGAGGAUUGGUUUGAGAAGAUAUUGAAUUAUUUGGGCAGGUUUGAACAAUUUGGGGCAAUUAAAAUGUUAAAAGUCAAAUAAAUCUUGUGGGGCGAGGAGUGUUAAGGUAUAUAGCAGUGUACAUAAGGUUGAUUUGAACAUGAUAUUAUUGAAGAUGUAUAUUAUUGAAUACGUAAAUUAUUGAAUAUGUAUAUCCAACGUAUCAGCCGCCUGGGGGCGUUUCACCGUUUGUCUUUUGGCUGUUGGUAAAAAAUAAAAUUUAAAAAAGAGAGUCUCACCCCUAUUGGGGUACAGGAUCAGAUAACCGCCCCCCAAAAAAACCCUCAAUAGUGUCCACCAGAUCUCUUCAUUUUCACAACAGCAAGGAAAUAAAUUAAUUAAAAAGUCAGAGUGAAACGGGCAUAGCUGACAGUUCUGAAAGCGUUUGACUUUUUUUCCUUUUCUUUUUAAGUUAUGAUGCAUUUGGAAAUAGAACCUGCAAUGAUUUUGGGGUGUGUGUUUUUGUUCAAACUGAUUCGCCUUCCUUUCGUCUAACACUGAAUUGCGGGUGGAAAAACUGCAGCCUUCACGGUCUGGGGGUGGGGUGUGUCUCAAAGGGGCAGGGAUUCGGGGCUUGGGGGUACGCCUAAAAAUAUUAGGGGCGCAGGCUCAAUUCGGCGCCCACACAAACCCCGCGUCCCGAGGGCGCCCCGUGGCCAUGCGUCCUGGAGGCGUUGCGCUGCGCUUUCUCUCUUGUGUGGGGUUGCCGCGGCGUUGUGUGUUGUUUCGGGGUUGCGGGAUGGGUUUGCGGCGGACCUGAGGCUCAUUCUCACGUGACGGCUGUUCUUUCUGAUUGCUCCCCUCACCUGGGCAGAUGAUUGUAAGUACGGCAGGGGAAAGCCCUGUCUUGUCUUUCGUUUGUCUCUCUAUCUCUUUGUCCUUGUGCCUUGCGUCUAGUUCCCCCACCCCAAACCCCAACCCCUCCCGAGUAAUUUGAGCUGGUUUUUCUGUCGUCCUGUGGUGGCUGGCUACUUUCUCCAAUGUGCCUCUAUCUCCUCCCUGCUCCCCACCCUUCCCCAAAACGCCUUUGUUCUGUGAACCCCCAAAAUCCUUCCCUCUUGUCGCUGAGCUGCUUUGCGCCAGCUGUGCGUCUCGGUGGAAACUUUCUCCCUGUCCCACCAGAUACAGUGGUACCUCGGGUUACAGACACUUCAUGUUACAGAUGCUUCAGGUUACAGACUCCGCUGACCCAGAAAUAGCACCUCGGGUUAAGAACUUUGCUUCAGGAUGGGAACAGAAAUCGUGCGGCGGCAGCCGGAGGCCCCAUUAGCUAAAGUGGUGCUUCAGGUUAAGAACAGUUUCAGGUUAAGUACGGACCUCCAGAACGAAUAAAGUUCUUAACCAGAGGUACCACUGUACCUGGUUUUCCUCCUGAUAAAGAGGAAAUAAUAAUAAUAAUAAUAAUAAUAAUAAUAGUAAUUUAUACCCCGCCCAUCUGGGCGGCUUCCAACAAAACACUAAAAUACAAUAACCUAUUAAACAUUAAAAGCUUCCCUAAACAGGGCUGCCUUCAGAUGUCUUCUAAAAGUUUGGUAGUUAUUUUUCUCUUUGACAUCUGGUGGGAGGGUGUUCCACAGGGCGGGUGCCACUACCGAGAAGGCCCUCUGCCUGGUUCCCUGUAACUUGGCUUCUCGUAGCGAAGGAACCGCCAGAAGGCCCUCGGCGCUGGACCUCAGUGUCCGGGCAGAACGAUGGAGGUGGAGAUGCUCCUUCAGGUAUCCAUUUGCAUAACCUGCGAUCCGUUUCAGAGGUGGGGUUGGUAAGGCGGACCCCCCUUAACUGUGGGAAUGUUGAGGAUAGUAGGGGAGGAUAUAUUGGUCAAAUAUUAUCCUUCCUCACUCGCGCUAUCAGUGCAUAUUCCCUUGUAUAUAGCAGGAAGCAAGUUAAUGGAUUCGUUUAGAACAGGUGUCAGCAAACUUUUUCAGCAGGGGGCCGGUCCACUGUCCCUCAGACCUUGUGGGGGGCCAGACUAUAUUUGGGGGGGGGGGAUGAACGAAUUCCUAUGCCCCACAAAUAACCCAGAGAUGCAUUUUAAAUAAAAGCACUCAUUCUACUCAUGUAAAAACACGCUGAUUCCCAGACCGUCCACAGGCCGGAUUUAGAAGGCGAUUGGGCCGGAUCCGGCCCCCGGGCCUUAGUUUGCCUACCCAUGUCUUAAGAGGUAGCGUUCUCCUAAUGCAAGCAAGAGGUUGACUAAACAGCAGAAUAUAUUAGAGAGGGUGAAAUCAGAUAAAACAGUACCUUAUGUAAUUUGUGUUAUAGACGUCAACACUGGGUGAGUGGAACCAGCCCGUAGUUCUGUUGAACUGGAAUAGAAUUGUUGAGUAACAAAUGUAACUGUCUAUAUGGAAGGGAAAAGAUUAAACAUUAGACAUUAACAUUUUCCUGAUACAGGGUUGCCUUCAGAUGUCUUCUAAAAGUCAGAUAGUUGUUUAUCUCCUUGACGUCUGACGGGAGGGCAUUCCACAGGGCGGGCACCACCACCGAGAAGGCCCUCUGUCUAGUUCCCUGCAACCUCACUUCUCGCAGGGAGGGAACCACCAGAAGGCCCUCGGUGCUGGACCUCAGUGUCCGGGCUGGACAAUGGGGGUGGAGACGCUCCUUCAGGGAUACUGGGCCAUUUAGGGCUUUCAAGGUCAGCCCCAACACUUUGAAUUGUGCUCAGAAAGGUACUGGGAGUAUUGGGGGAGGGAGGACAAUGUCAUGCCUCGGGAUGACAGGUCGUCCGUCCAUCUGUCCAUCCGUCUGUCCUUCCUCCCUCCCUCCUGCCCUCCCUUCGCUCGACUUCCUCGCUCGCCCGUUCCCCUUCCGCACUGAUCGAUUUGUGAUAUUGAUUGUCUCUGCAGGGCACUCUCUUGAGAAAGCAUGGCAAAGGGACCGAGAAGGUAAUUAUCGACCUUUCCCGCUCCUUGAGUGUCUUGUCCGUGGCAGGAGGUCCAAGCGAGAAAUCCUUUACUGGGCCAAAGAGCUGGGGUGCGCAACCCGCUGCAUCCCUCCAGAUCUUGCCGGACUCCUUGACCUUUGAAGAUGGAGUCCAGCAACAUCUAAGCACGUUCCCCUAUCCCUGCUCUUAAGAAGAGGCAUUCCCUGCUCUCCUGGAGAGAUGGAGACGAUUCCUCUUUUUGGAAAGGGGUCCUCUACCUUCGGGUCAAGGGGGUGGAAUUCUUCGAAUUGGGUUGCCAGAUUCCAGCUCUUGCCAGCGUUAAACCCAGGCUACCAACGUUGGUGGGACGCGGGUGGUGCUGUGGGUUAAACCACAGAGCCUAGGACUUGCUGAUCAGAAGGUCGGCGGUUCGAAUCCCCGCAAGGACGGGGUGAGCUCCCGUUGCUCGGUCCCUGCUCCUGCCAACCUAGCAGUUCGGAAGCACCUCAAAGUGCAAGUAGAUAAAUAGGUACCGCUCCGGCGGGAAGGUAAACGGCGUUUCCGUGCGCUGUUCUGGUUCGCCAGAAGUGGCUUAGUCCUGCUGGCCACAUGAUCCGGAAGCUGUACGCCGUCUCCCUCGGCCAAUAAAGCGAGAUGAGCGCCGCAACCCCAGAGUCGGCCACGACUGGACCUAAUGGUCAGGGGUCCCUUUACCUUUACCUUUACCAGGGCUGGUGGGCAUUCGGCACCACAUAUUUCCCUAUCCCGGUCCUAGAGGGACAGAGGAACUGGCAGAAGAUCGAGAGAGGCUGGGUUGUGGUGCUUGUGUCGUGGAGGUGUGUGUGUGUCGUCGUGUGUCGUCCCCGUCUGGUGGCCGGAGGUGUCCGAAGAUUUGUGUGGCAUGGAUUUUGGUUGUGUGUGCGUGGCAUGCAGGUCCGGCGAGCGAGAGGUGCGUCUCUCAGCGCAGGUAGCUCCCCGUGUUGGGAUACUGCCAGGGAGACAAAGUCCAUCAUGGCCCCCAAGCCGGCUGCCGGACAAUCCAUCGAUCUCCCGUAGUCACGCAGUAUCAGCAAUUAGUGACAUGAGUUUCUAGAGAUAGCUUGCCACAUUCCAGAGCUCAUGCACACUCUAUCAGCAGAUAAUGCACAGCCAAAAGUUGCACUCAGGAGAGCAUUAUUUACAAGUUUAUUCAGCGUUGAUCAGAACACAGAAAAACAUGACUGCCUGCUUUAGUGUCUACGACACAGAGAGAGAAACGAAAGCAACAGAAAACAUAAACAUCCUGUGAACAGGAAAUACGCAGACUCUGUGACUCACAGCUUGCUCCCUUUUAAGGUGGAACGGAAAUAUCCUAACACCCCGCUCCAUGAGAGGGCUGCCCAAGACCAGCGUUGACUUGCAGGGCCCACCAUUACAGCUAGACCCCUGCCCCAAGACAUCUACAGUCUCUACUUCUGACAGAGGAGAGAGGGCAGAGACUGAGGGCACUGCUAUUUCCAAGGAGUUGAUAUGGUUGAACCAUGAACCGGGGGCCAGAUUCAAGCCUUCCAGGGGCCUUAUUCCAACGGUCCGCAGGGCAUAAAUGAAGCAAUAUGCUCUGAAAGAAUUAACGGGAAUUGCUUAGGCGCCAUCUAGACAUUAAAUUAAAUUACAAUAUAUCAGUGAGCAUGACCAGGGUACUGAGAGAGAUACAUGCUGCUCUUUAUAUACCAUACCCAACCGCUUAAUUACCACAACUUAAAAGCACCUGCAGAGACGCGGGUGGCGCUGUGGGUUAAACCACAGAGCCUAGGGCUUGCCAAUCAGAAGGUCGGCGGUUUGAAUCCCCGCGAUGGGGUGAGCUCCCAUUGCUCAGUCCCUGCUCCUGCCCACCUAGCAGUUCGAAAGCACCUCAAAGUGCAAGUAGAUAAAUAGGUACCACUCCGGCGGGAAGGUAAACGGCGUUUCCGUGUGCUGCUCUGGUUCGCCAGAAGCGCCUUAGUCCUGCUGGCCACAUGACCUGGAAGCUGUACGCCGGCUCCCUUGGCCAGUAAAGCAAAAUGAGCACCGCAACCCCAGAGUCGUCCACGACUGGACCUAAUGGUCAGGGGUCCCUUUACCUUUACUAACAGCACCUGCUAUAUGACUUCACAGCUGUAAAACUAGAUCAUGUUAUUUGCUCUGGCCUAGAGACAUACGCAUCUUGUGAAACAAUAAUGAACCUAAAAUUUGAAAAAACCAUUCAACAGGUUUAUCUAUUGAUGUAUGCGUUUGCCUGGUACAUUUAUUUCACAUCUUAGACCUUAUAAUUUUCAUAACAUUAGCAAGGGGUGGCCAGCCUGGGGUCAGAAGACAGACUUCUGGGGUAGAGAAGGGAGUCUGUGCGUUUGUGUCCUUGCCCCGCAAAACUCGCCUUGUGCCGGGGACAGAACCUGGCCGAUCAAUCACCGAUCAAUCAACACAAUUGAAGGCCUGUCGAAAUGGAAUCUGAGUCACGGCCGGGAGGGAGGGAAGGCAAUGUCUGUGUGGGGUAGCGUUCCACUUUGCUGAAAGCAUAUAAAUGUUAUGGAAAUGUGUUUGCUGAAAGUAUAUAAAAACCCUGCUGUUCUUUUCUGCAGAGCAGGGCGAAGGCCCCCAGUCACACCGAAGUAAGGAUACUCCGUUUAAUUCUUAACCCUGCUUCCGUCUUCCUCCUGCCCUCUGUCCGCAGAGCCCCAUGUCUGCCCCGUCCCCCGUCCCCCGCCUGUGGUUUUUUGAAUCCGUGGUUGUCGUAUCCAUCUGUCCUCCUCUCUUUUCCCGGGUGUUGCUAACUGGAUUUACCUGGCUGCAGUUGUGUUUUUUAAAAAAUGUAUCCUGUGCUAAAGUUGUGUCUGCUGAUCUCUGUUUUUUAAGUGACCCUCCCUGGUGGUGGUGAUGGGGUGGGUUAGGGGGAAAUAACCCCUUCUUUUCCUUCUCAGUCUGUUUGUCAGCUUGCUUUGCCUGCCUGCCUGCAUGUAUGGGCAGAGUGUUGUGGGAAAUCAAGGAUGGCAGUUGUUAAUGGAGAAAUCUGAGGGCUCCCUUGGGCAAAAAACAAGGACACCAGCCAGGAAUACCAGAGCAAAACAGCAGCCAGUCGGCUUGGUCUUUAUUGAAGACGGUCGUGACAGGACUCCCACCUGCCACCAGGUGGAACAGGAUGGAAGCCCCAGACAAAAGAGAACCCAAACUUUUAUUAGCUGCUAAUCCCCAUGUUAGGGACGCGGGUGGCGCUGUGGGUAAAACCUCAGCGCCUAGGGCUUGCCGAUCGCAUGGUUGGCGGUUCGAAUCCCCGCGGCGGGGUGAGCUCCCGUCUUUCGGUCCCAGCUCCUGCCCACCUAGCAGUUCGAAAGCACGUCAAAGUGCAAGUAGAUAAAUAGGUACCGCUUUAUAGCGGGAAGGUAAAUGGCGUUUCCGUGUGCUGCGCUGGUGCUGGCUCGCCAGAGCAGCUUCGUCACGCUGGCCACGUGACCCGGAAGUGUCUCCGGACAGCGCUGGCCCCUGGCCUCUUAAGUGAGAUGGGCGCACAACCCUAGAGUCGGACACAACUGGCCCGUACAGGCAGGGGUACCUUUACCUUUACCUUUAAUCCCCAUGUUGCAGCCCCCAAAAUACAUCACUCAUACAUCACGGUUACAUCAUGAAAGGGGAGGUCUGGUGGCAGGAAUCUGAGCAUCCUGGACCCUGCCCCAUGGUUCCCCUUGCCCUCCACCAAACACCCACCAAGUGUAACAAAAGAGAUAUUUACAUUUCCUUGUUGCCCAGCCAAGUUCAUCCCACCCUUUUGUCUUCAUCUGAGUUUGUUAUUUCUGGAAUGGCUACCUGUCUGGCACUCAGGUAUCAGGAGGCCAGGAAUUAUCCCUCAGGCAGAGGGGCUGCUGAGGAGCUGAGCUCACAUGUCUAUAGGAAUUUCUGAAGUUUCCCAGUGAGCCAGUACAUAGAGACAUUGAUCAGUGAAUUCUUACAUUUGGUAUGUGCAGCAGAGGCCCUUUGAAUAGAUAGGAAGAAACUGCGAUGAAAUGUUUUGUGGGGACAAGUCACAAAAGUCACAAAAGCGAUGGUGCUGGUUUUGGCAGUGGGCUGCAUGUGCGUGAUAUCUGCUGGAGGGGCAACCCCCCCCCAACCUAUACAUAAAUCCCUGCAACACAGUCCUAAGACUCAGGGGUGUGUUCUGCCUGAUAAGGAAAAAUCCCAGGGUGCGGAUUUACUCCGCUGCCCAGCUAGUUGGGGUGCCAAUCCCCUGGGGUCUCGCCAACCAAGCUAAAGAAGCAAAACAGCGAGUUUUUAAAAAAAAACAGUUGAAAGGGUACAUUACACAAACAAAUCUGCACUCGACGAACGCACGGUUAUCUGUUUUCUGACAUGAUUGAGGACCGCAGAGCCAGAGACAAAGAAGCUUGGAGAGAUAUGGAAAUAUCAAUGAGAGGUGCAAAAACCAACCCUGCGUCGCCACCCCCCAGGUUGCUGAGUUGUCGACCUUUUUUGGGUGGCAGCACACUCUGGCCCGGCCUUCAAGGCACGCAGGCAGGGCACAGCAGGGCACAGAGGAGCGUGAGGCGGCCUCUGGGCGCACCUCUCCAUGGCCCUAUGCCAAUCCCAGGCGUGCAGGAGGACAGAGCCAGCUGGCCGCCUCAGCGCCUCGCUGGCUCGCUUGCCCCCGAAUUCGCGGCAGAGAGCCGCCCACAGCAGAAGACCCCGCCACAGCGCUCCGACGGGCGGGCCGUUCCUGGACUCUGACUCUUGGGCCCUGGACUCUCGGCCUGGCGUCCCUGAGAGCCUGGCGACUGGGUGCCCCAUGCCCCUAACGCCUAUGGUUAAGACGGCCCUGGAUAUACGCUGCCUUUGAUUGCCUCCUGUUUCCUUUUUUUUUUUUUUUAAUAAUUUUUAUUAAGUUUUCAGUAAAAGAUUAAACAGAAAAAGAUAAAAAAGAAAUACACAAAUACAUAGUACAUAAUCCAAGGAAGAAAAAAAAAACACAAAAAACAAAAAGCAAAAAAAGAAACAAAACAAUUAAAAACAAUCACCUUUUCAUUUCCGUGUUUAAAUUUACUUAUUUUCUGGACCUCCUCAUACCUCCCUCUUUUGUAUUCCAGUCCAAAUUGUUUGUCCAGCAAUUUCUUUUCCACUUUUUUAAUCCCAAUCUUUAAUCUUUAAUAUAAUAUAGCAUUAAAAUUUUACCUCUUAAAAUACCAAGUUUCCAUUUUACCUCUUAAAAUACCAAGUUUCCAUUUCCUUAAACUUCUUUAAUCCUAAUCUUUAAUCUAUCUAUAACUUUAAAUCCUGUACAGCUGGAAACCACCUAUUUUCAAUCCAACAUCACUCUAGCAUUCUUUAAUUUUACAGUGUUUCUGUAGAUAAUCUUUGAAUUUCUUCCAAUCUUCCUCCACCGACUCUUCUCCCUGGUCACGGAUUCUACCAGUCAUUUCCGCCAAUUCCAUAUAGUCCAUGAUUGCCUCCUAUUUCCUAUUGUGUGGCUGAAUUCACACCUUGUGCUGGAACCGAGGGUUAACCGUGCGGUGAGGUCCAAGUUCAGUCCAAGGUCGAGGGUGUGGUAUGGAGGCUGAAGCUGGGUCCAAGGCAGGGAGUCGGGUGAGAUCAGGAACUCUGGCAGAAGAGCAGGACAGGGUGCCGGCAGGAACAGGCUACCAACAAUGUUGCUCCCGCAACCUGGGACAGGGGCUGGCCGGCUUUUAUCUGCCCCGAGGCAUAGGGCAGCCCCGGUCCACAGGUGACUCACCUCUCCUGGCCUGGAGGCGAGCACUCCUCCUGCGGGAACUUAGUUGCCUCCGCCUCUCUGCCCUGAGCCUCUGCAGCUCAGGAGAGGCUGGAGGGUUACUGGACCCAGAGGCAACCUCAGCUUCCUCUGACGGGGCUGAGAGUGGAGCACCUGCAGGCAAUGGGUCCUCCAUCACCCUAGGGGCCAGAGCAGACUCACCUGAGGACCCAGCACAGGUGAGGACCCUUCAGGCUCAGGCCCCAGCCCCGGCUCAGCUGGUUCUGGAGGCGGGGACUCCUGUGCAGGCUGGGAUUCCUCAGGUUCAGCCUCCGAGUCUGAAUCCCAGGCCAUCACACACCUUCUGGAGGUGCAAGGAGUACGUGACCUUAUGCUUAAGGGAUUAUGGAGGCAGGGGAAACCUGGACACACACACCCCUUCCAGAGGAGUCAUUAGCCGUCAGAACCGAGGAAAUCCGUCAAACCGUUGAAUUUCGGCAAUUAUUUGAUUGUGUAUUGGAUAGAGUACGAUGCAUGGUAUCUGCUUACUGCUGCAAUUUUAUAGACUGCUUUUCUGAGCCUCUUUGCCGUUGGGUAUAUAUGGUGCCUGUGUCAAGGGUCGUUGUCCUGGCCUUAGUUUGAGGCUGAGGUGGGGUACCUUAAAUGAAGUGAGGUGGUGACUACAUUAUUACAUGAGCACUGUUCCACAGCUGUUGAUAUUUUCAUUUACAUACAUUCAUUCGAAAGCAGAUGGGUUUAUGAAGCAAUUCUAUAUCCACCCAAAGAAUUCUAUGAAACAGUAGUCAGUAUCCGGAAUCGCUGUUUAGUGUUGGACAUCAUAUUUGCCGAAUACACAAAGCUUCACAGCUUGUCUUUCACUGUACGAAGUCUCGUACCUCGCUUCAUUUAAAGGUUUUCAGAGGCUUUGGGACGAAAGAUUUCGUUUUGGACUUGUUACGGUUUGAAGGAAUUCUAGAAAAGAUUGUCCGUUGCGUAUGUACAUGGUCAUCGUGUUGCCUAGACAUUGUUGAUGUUGGGAAUGGACAGACAAGUCCCAGGACCCUGUGAGGCAGAGUGAGGAGGCACCUCUCUUUGGGGAAGCUCAGAGACCAGCGGGUGCCCAGAAGACCCCCAAGGAGAGGGGAGAGGAGGCCGAGGGAACGCUCCACGAGGGAGGGGGUUCGGAAAAGGGUGAGGGGCUGCCAGCUCUGCAGGGAAGGGGGGGCUAACUGGGCUCCUGAGCCCCACAAACUGGAACGUGUCCAGAGGAGGGCAACCAAAAUGGUCAAAGGCCUGGAAACGAUGCCUUAUGAGGAACGGCUAAGGGAGCUGGGCAUGUUUAGCCUGGAGAAGAGGAGGUUAAGGGGUGAUAUGAUAGCCAUGUUCAAAUAUAUAAAAGGAUGUCACAUAGAGGAGGGAGAAAGGUUGUUUUCUGCUGCUCCAGAGAAGCGGACACGGAGCAAUGGAUCCAAACUACAAGAAAGAAGAUUCCACCUAAACAUUAGGAAGAACUUCCUGACAGUAAGAGCUGUUUGACAGUGGAAUUUGCUGCCAAGGAGUGUGGUGGAGUCUCCUUCUUUGGAGGUCUUUAAGCAGAGGCUUGACAACCAUAUGUCAGGAGUGCUCUGAUGGUGUUUCCUGCUUGGCAGGGGGUUGGACUCGAUGGCCCUUGUGGUCUCUUCCAACUCUAUGAUUCUAUGAUUCUAGGGGUGCAGCAGACAAAUGUAGUUCAGGGGAGCUGUGGACUCUGUUGUAAACAAGAAUUGCCCUUUUCCCUUAUGGGGUAUCCAAGAGCCCAUAUAGAGUCCUUACGUAGGUUCCCUAUUGGUAGGAGAAAAUAACAGAGGCCAAGCAGAGAAUAUUGAGAAGCAAAGCAGCUAGUAAGCCUGAUCUUUAUCGAUCUGUUGCAACAGGGUGCUCCCAUCACACGCAGGAGAGGAGGAGGAACCCAGAACAAUGGCAGGCAAGGCGUUAUAUGGACUUUUGAAAUUGACACCCUUUAGAUAAAGACCAGGGACUCGGGUGACGCUGUGGGUUAAACCACAGAGCCUAGGGCUUGCUGAUCAGAAGGUUGGCGGUUCGAAUCCCCGCAAUGACGGGGUGAGCUCCUGUUGCUCGGUCCCUGCUCCUGCCAACCUAGCAGUUCAAAAGCACGUCAAAGCGCAAGUAGAUCAAUAGGUACCGCUCCGUCGGGAAGGUAAACGGCAUUUCCGUGCGCUGCUCUGGUUCACCAGAAGCGGCUUAGUCCUGCUGGCCACAUGACCCGGAAGCUGUACGCCGGCUCCCUUAGCCAGUAAAGCGAGAUGAGCGCCGCAACCCCAGAGUCGGCCACGACUGGACCUAAUGGUCAGGGGUCCCUUUACCUUUAGAUCAAGACCACCCCCAGAAACAUCAUACAUACAUCACAGAAGGGGUGUAACCUAAGACCACCCCCCAGAUACAUCAUACCUACAUCACAGAAAAGGUGGUCUAAAACAGAAAUUUGAAUGUUGUUUUUCUCCUGUCCUUGUUUAUCUCCUGUCUGGCAGAUUACUUGAUUGGAUUGCCUGGGGAGCUUGGCCAGUCCUUUGUAAUUAUAAAUACUUAGUUCCUGGGCCAGGUCACAGGCUCACACCCUAUUCAAACACAGACAUACCCUUAAGACAGGGUUUGUGAAGGAAAAGACAAUGGGGAGGCUUUUCCAGUUUGACCUUGCAGAGAAAACAUUUGGUCAGUUUGGGAAUCAAAAAUGGUUCCGGGUCGGUCUUCCUGUGCUGAUCUAUGUACGUGCUUGGUUGGUACACUUAUGAACAUUACAAUAUAUCUAAGACCUCAAAAUUCCUGUCACAACCCAAAAAGGUUGAAAACCUCUGGCUUUUGCAAUCUAUAAACAAACCUGUCUGGAUCCUGAGCCUCUAUUUGGGGUAUCGGACACCAUUCGAUACCCUGGUAUUCUGCCUCCCGGUAUUUUGUCACGCUGGGGAGCGACCGGCCCCCAAACGCCAGGGCCAAGGCUUUGCAAAUUAAAGGACGGAUCUUGUUUAGGUGUUCAGGGUCAGAAUUGCUUUGUUCCGCCUUCCCUUUGAGAUUGGUAGGUGGAAAAAUUUCGGGUGCGACACUCUUGGGGAGCAAAGCUUUGUGGGUGAAACCUCGCCUGAAUUUCUUAGCAUCGAAUGGGAAAGGAUAGCUGAGGCUCGGGCUAAGUUUCAGCAGAAACAUAGCUACCUUUUAUCUUUCUGUUAUUUUUUUUCCUUCCCUUUCUUCUUUCCAUCCCUCCUUUUGCCCUCCCCCCUCCCAGGGCACGCAGAUGAUCUUCAACGCAGCCAAGGAACUGGGGCAGCUUUCAAAACUCAAGGUGAGAAACGAGGGAUUUUGGGUUCCACAGAAUUCAAGGAGCUGCGUUGCAGAGGACGGUGGUCGUUUGUGCUUCUUGGGCCUGAUUGGGCGCAAAGUGGGGAGCCGGACAUUAGGUGGCGCCAGAGCCAACGACAGGCAGAGAAUUAGGUAGUUCUAGACUGGCCUCCAUCUUCUUCCCUUCUGAGUCCGACAACGGAAAACGAGGAGGAGGGAGACAGCGGAUUGACCCCCAAAACUCCCUUGGUGCCAACGCAAGGGCUGCCAUAUUUCAAGAAGUAAAAAAUCCGGGUGUUUCGACGAUUCACCCCCAAAACUCUCCCUGGGUGCCAAUGCAAGGGCUGCCAUAUUUCAAGAAGUAAAAAAUCCGGGCGUUUCACUGAUUGACCCCCAAAACUCUCCCUGGGCGCCAAUUCCGUCGUCGGAAUCCCGAACGGGGAAAUCCGGGCGUAGGGCAAACGUAACACGGGUUAUGAGAUGGCAAAAGGGGCUUCAAAACGGGGGUUGCCAGGGGGUAUGUUGUCCCCACCUGAAAAAGGAAGGCUGUUCGUCGUUGGAAGAGGGCGGACAUGACUUGUUCUUCGUCCCAUCCAGGACCACAUGGUGCGUGAGGAAGCCAAGAGCUUGACGCCCAAGCAGUGCGCCGUGGUGGAGCUGGCCCUGGACACUAUCAAGGUGAGAGCAUUGAAUCCUAGAAUUGUCGAACUGGGGGGGCCUCCAGCGGUCAUCUAGCCUAACCCUCUGCAAAGCGGGGUGUGUUCCAGACUGCCUCGCCCUGCUAUGUCUUGAGAGCAGGUUGUCCGGUUCAGCAUGGGCGAAAUCCUGCUGUUAUUGGGUUGCUGUUCUUGUUUCGUAUCUUUAUUUUAUUUUAUUUUUGUAUAAUGAUUAUUAUUAGUUUUCAGUUACAGUGGCCCAAUAAAAGCCUCAUUGUCAAUACCAAAUUAUAAUACAAUUAAUAAAGCUGAUUGCUCAGAUUAUAUUAUUUUGUGCGCAUGCUAGAACAGAUGAUUUGAUAAUUGUAUCUUUAACUUUUAGAUCCUAUUGCGAUUUAUGUGGGAGGUGUCCGGUUUGGUUGCGUCAUUUUAUUUAUUCUCAAUGGCUUUAAACUUUACGGGUGCUUUCGUUUUUAAAAAACACCAUGUUGUGCGUAUGGUAAAGAGGACUAGGAACUUAGUUCGCCAGGCUAGACCUACUCGCCUGCGGGGAAAACCUCGUUGAGUUGAAUUGGGCUGAAAUGAGGCUGCAUUUUAAUGUUGUAUUUUAAUCUUGGUUAUUAAGUUGUAUUUCAAUCAAUUGUUUUAUAUCUGGCGUUAGCUGCCCUGAACCCAGUCUUGGCUGGGGAGGGCAGGGUAUAAAUAAAUAAUAAUAAUUAUUAUUAUUAUUAUUAUUAUUAUUAUUAUUAUUAUUAUUUGUUGAAUGAUUCUGUGUACAUUGCGGCAGCCUUUGGCUAUGUGCAAUAAAACUGACUACCCGUAUUUUUUGCUCUAUAAGACGCACCAGACCACAAGACGCACCUAGUUUUUGGAGGAGGAAAAAAAAUAUUCUGAAUCUCAGAAGCCAGAACAGCAAGAGGAAUUGCUGUGCAGUGAAAGCAGCAAUCCCCCUUGCUGUUCUGGCUUCUGGGAUAGCUGCGCAGCCUGCAUUCGCUCCAUAAGACGCACACACAUUUCCCCUUACUUUUUAGGAGGGGAAAAGUGAGUCUUAUAGAGCAAAAAAUACGGUAUGUGAUUAGUCCUCAUGGCAGCGUGCGGUCGUCGUUGCCGCUAUUAUCGUCUCAGCCGGUACGUUGCAAAUGUGAUGGUGUGUCCGCAGCUCUGUGCGUUUGCGGCGUUGACCGGACCACCGCUGAUAUCCUCUCCCAUCCCAACCCUCUCUCCGCCUCGAUUUAGCAAUACUUCCACGCAGGAGGCGUCGGCCUGAAGAAAACCUUUUUGGAGAAAAGCCCAGACCUGCAGUCUCUGCGUUACGCCCUCUCUCUUUACACGCAAGCCACGGACCUGCUCAUCAAAACCUUCGUGCAGACGCAGUCCUCUCAAGGUAAGCGUCGCUGGCGAAGCAGUGUUAACGGGAAAAUCCGAGGGCUCCCUUGGACAAAAACAAAGACACCAACCAGGAUUACUUGGAGCAAAACAGCAGCCUGUAGCCUUGGCCUUUAUUGAUCUGUUGCAACAGGGUGCUCCCCUCACCUGCAGGAGAGAGGAGGGACCCAGAAAAAAGGUGUGCAAGGCCUUAUAAAGACUUUUGAAAUUGUCACCCUGUAGAUCAAGACCACCCCCAGAAACAUCAUACAUACAUCACAGAAGGGGUGUAACUGAAGACCACCCCUCAGAUACAUCACACCUACAUCACAGAAAAGGUGGUCUACAACAGAAAUUUGAAUGUUGUUUUUCUCCUGUCCUUGUUUAUCUCCUGUCUGGCAGGUUACUUGAUUGGAUUGCCUGGGGAGAUUGGCCAGUCCUUUGUAGUGAUAAAUACUUAGUUCCUGGGCCAGGUCACAGGCUCACACCCUAUUCAAACACAGACAUACCCUUAAGACAGGAUUUGUGAAGGAAAAGACAAUGGGGAGGCUUUUCCACUUUGAGCUUGCAGAGAAAACAUUUGCUCAGUUUAGGAAUCAAAAUGGUUCCAGGUUGGCCUUCCUGUGCCGAUCUAUGUAUGUGCUUGGUUUGUACGCUUAUGAACAUUACCAUAUAUCUAAGACCAUAAAAUUCCUAUCACAGCAGCUUCUGCGGUUCCUCGGAUCCCGGUUUUCCCGAGGAGACCCAGGUGGAAUCUAGACUUUUUAAAAAAAAAAACACAGCUGCGAAAACACUUUAUAAAAAAAGUUUUGAAAAAUAUAUCGAGUUUGCCGUCAGCUCGCCACCGCCACCUAGUGCCCCGUUUGUAUAGUCCACGUAAAACGUUAAUGUUUGCGGCUGAGUCUUCGGAGUCGCUGCUCUCGUGGAGCACUCUGGUUUAGCAGGCUGUGCGGAAACUCCAUAGCCAGGUGCAGUCUAUCUUUAUGGCACCAGCCUUGCCCAGGAAGAGGCUGCUGGUGCCAUUUCCCAUCACGCACUGCUUUGAAGGGAGGCAUCCGACAAGCUGCUGUUUUUCGAAAACGGCGUCAAGUUUUUGCUUUGGUGUAAUCGCUGUGGGUUAAACCACAGAGCCUAGGACUUGCCGGUCAGAAGGUCGGCGGUUUGAAUCCCCACGACGGGGCGAGCUCCCGUUGCUCGGUCCCUGCUCCUGCCAACCUAGCAGUUCGGAAGCAUGUCAAAGCGCAAGUAGAUAAAUAGGUACCGCUCCAGCGGGAAGGGAAAAGGCGUUUCCGUGCGCUGCUCUGGUUCGCCAGAAGCGGCUUAGUCCUGCUGGCCACAUGACCCAGAAGCUGUACGCCGGCUUCCUCGGCCAAUAAAGCGAGAUGAGCGCAGCAACCCCAGAGUCGGCCACAACUGGACCUAACGGUCAGGGGUCCCUUUACCUUUACCUUUAAACCAAAAAGAGAGGCCAGGUUUUUGCAGGUUCUUGAAGUUGUCCGGAGGGGCAGGGGGCCUCUUUCCCGUCAACCGGGACCGCCGUCUGUGCCGAAGGUUAAAGAUAUUUAAUAUUCCGCAUUUUGAAGCGUACGAGCCGACUCCUUUUGAGAUAAAUCAUUGCCCGGACCUGUGCAAAUAUUGUUCAAGAAUGGCCCAGGGAAUGUACCCAUUUUACAGAGUUCGGCGGAAGCAUCCUAGAUUAUAUUGCAAUCUCACAAUUCACACAUAAGUUUGUUAGGGAGUUUGAAGAGGACCAUAGUAUUGCAAGUGAUCACCUGCCCUUAAGAAUGGUGCUCUCGGGUCCACGACUUAACAACCCUUCCUUCGAAACUCAAAUUUAUCUCCAGACGCAAACUUAGGCAUAAAGGUAAAGGUAAAGGGACCCCUGACUAUUAGGUCCAGUCGUGGCCGACUCUGGGGUUGCGGCACUCAUCUCGCUUUAUUGGCUGAGGGAGCCGGCGUACAGCUUCCGGGUCAUGUGGCCAGCAGGACUAAGCCGCUUCUGGCGAACCAGAGCAGCGCACGGAAACGCCGUUUACCUUCCUGCUGGAGUGGUACCUAUUUAUCUACUUGCACUUUGACAUGCUUUUGAACUGCUAGGUGGGCAGGAGCAGGGACCAAGCAAAGGGAGCUCGCCCCGUCGUGGGGAUUCGAACCGCCGACCUUCUGAUCGGCAAGCCCUAGGCUCUGUGGUUUAACCCACAGCGCCACCCAUGUCCCAAACUUAGGCAUAACCGCAGCCAACAGAAUUAAAUGGACCCCGUUUCUUAAUUUAGCAUUAACUCACUUUCUUUGUACAGAUGAUUUAAACUAGGCUAUCCAAGCUGCUAUUUUUUCAGAUACGUCCACUGCUGAGGCCAUGAAAUCAUUUAAGACUGAUAGGCUGCAAGACCACUUAAGAAUUGAGAUUAAAAUCAGUGGCUCAAAAAGGCUAAUGGAAUCUAGCAGCUGGUUUGACAAAGAGUGCAAACAGGCUAAAAGUCACCCGAAGGGAGUAUUGUUCAGGUUUCUACCAGCAGAGCUCUUUAAAAUAAAAACAGGAUACAUCAAAUGAUACAUUCAAAAUAUCCAUACAGCUAUCUAGCCCUCCUGACGUUCCCCUCUCCCCCCUAGAGUUAUUGAACUUGGUGAUUGCUGUAACGUUAUAUUCUGAAUUCUCCAGCUACGACUCGAGUCAGUGUGUGAAUCUACAGGAGCUGAUCUAUCUCUUCUCUCUUUUUUCUCUUGCCUUUUUCCAUCCCUCCCUUCGCACGUUUUCCCUCUCUUGCUUCUACCAUAAACCAUCUUGUGUGUGUUUUUCUUUCUCUCUCCAAUUUCUCUUGUCACCCUUUCUGUUCACCUUCCUUUCGUCUCUUCCUUCUCUUGGUUUCUUUGCCUCUAAAUUAUUUUUCUUCUUUCGCCCUUCCUUUCUUUUCUCUCUCUUCCUACCUUUGUUUUUAUCCAUUCUUUCUUCCCUUCUUCCCUUCUUCCUCUUCGUACCCUUUCCUUUCUUCACUUCUGUCUUUUUUUCUACCCUUAUCCUUCUUUAUCUUCUCUUCCAACCAUUUGUCUUUCCUUCUCUCGGUCUUCUUUUCUAUUCCUUCUCUUUCUUGUCCUUUCUGCCUACUUUUUGUUCUCUUCUAACCUUUUCUCCUAUUGUCCCGUCACCUUCUUUUUCUCAAACUUCAUUUCUACCUUUGUUCUUUUCUUUCUCUUCUUCUUACCCAUUCUUUCUACCACCGUCCCUUUUUACCCUGCUUUCUUUCAUUCUUUCUCUCCACCUUCCUUUCUCUUCUUUUGAAUUUUUCUUCCCUUCUUUCUAUCUGAUUUUCUAUCCUUCUUAUAUUUUCCUUCCUUCUUUCUGCUUUUCUGUUCCUUUCCUUCCUUCUUAUAUUUUCCUUCCUUCCUUCUUACUGCUUUUCAAUUCCUUCCUUAUAUUUUCCUUCCUUCCUUCCUUCCUUCCUUCCUUCCUUCCUUCCUUCCUUCUGCUUUUCUAUUCCUUUCCUUCCUUCUUAUAUUUUCCUUCCUUCUUUCUGCUUUUCUAUUCCUUCCAUAUAUUUUCCUUCCUUCCUUCCUUCCUUCCUUCCUUCCUUCCUUCCUUCCUUCUGCUUUUCUAUUCCUUUCUUUCCUUCAUAUAUUUUCCUUCUUUCUAUCUGCUUUUCUAUUCCUUCCUUUCCUUCUUAUAUUUUCUUCCCACCUUCUUUUCUCCAAUUACCUUUCCCCCUCCUCCUUUCUACCUGCCUUACUUUUCUCUCCCUCCUUGUCCUUAUCCUUUCUGCAUUUUCUUCUGCACUGACCUUCCCCCCGGUCAUCUCUACCUUCUUCCCUUCCCUUCCCCCCUCUUCCUUUUUCUUACCCUUCCUUUUAACCUCCUCUUCCUUUACUUCCCUCCUUGACAUUUCUUUAUCUCCCAACUUUACCUUUUCUCAUCCUUAGUCCAUGGUGGCAAAGGUGUUAGGUUUACUCUUAGUGAAGAAAUAUAUCCUGAGAAGGGUACGUCUCGAACUCUCCUCCCAAUGCCUCCUCUCCUUCCUGGAUUGCACCCAUCCUGGACCCCCUCCACUCACCCACCCCUUUCCUCACCACCCUGACCAGGGCUAGCAAAAGCCCCAAAACUUUCACCCUCUGCAGACCCGACAGGGAAAGGGACAUGCAAGCCGAAAAUUGCUCCCCAUUUUCCUCUCGCUUUUGACUAGCUCUGCUCAGGGGGGCUCCUCCAUCACCUCUCCACAACGUUAUGCACUGAAUGCAUCAGAAUGAGACUCUGUCCUCCUUGCACAAGCAAGCACUCAGACGGAGGAAACCGGGCAGGGGGAAAGGGGCAGCUUUUGGGGUUUGCACCAUCCUCCCGUGCUUGCCUUUUGGAAAUGACCUGUUUGUUUCCAGCUUCGGUUCCUGGAUCGAGAGAUCGAGUCUCCGCAUGCGACUCUGGAGUUGGCACGAUGCCCGUGCGAGUGGGCGAUUGUGCGUGCGUGUGUUGCCCCAGCCUUCCCAAACCUUCCUUCUGCAUGAAAUGGGCAAUGGCUGAAGAUCUAGGACUAUCUGCCAGGCAGAGGCAGGGAAAGGUUUCUCGGCCGGAUCGCUGCAUUCCCUCCUAGGCUGCGCAUUUUCCCUCGUACGACGGUUGCCGCCUGUCCUCUAUUCCCCAGACAUGUCCUCUUUUCCAGCAUUAAAUUUUCUGCUCAGGCUGAUUUUUAAAACUUGGCAAAAUAUCUGUUCACAGUUGGAUUCCUGAAGGCCGACUUACUGUAUUUUUCACUCUAUAAGAUGCACCAGACCACAAGACGCACCUAGUUUUUGGAGGAGGAAAACAAGAAAAAAUAUAUUCUGAAUCUCAGAAGCCAGAACAGCAAGAGGGAUCGCUGCACAGCGAAAGCAGUGAUCCCUCUUGCUGUUCUGGCUUCUGGGAUAGCUGCGCAGCCUGCAUUUGCCCCAUAAGACACACACACAUUUCCCCUUACUUUUUAGGAGGGAAAAGGUGAGUCUUAUGGAGCAAAAAAUAUGGUAGUUACAAAUAUGUCCGUGUGGAUCUACUCCAUAUGGGGGAAUAAUCCCAGUGCUUCUGCCAGCUGGGAGAUAGCAGAGCAGUCCUAGCUAAAAGCUGGUCAAACCAAAGAAGGAAGAGAGGGGGGAAAGAGAGAGGUUGCUGCGUGACUUGUCCUUUUGUUACCUGGACAGGUGAGGUCACGCCCACCUUCUAUCACAUGCAAAAGGAAGGAUGCUCCAGCCAGGAGGAACAGGAAGUUUUUGACUGGCUGGACCAAACAUUCCCUCGCAUGUCUUAAAGGGAACUUACCAGGAACGCAGACUGAAUUGUCUAAUAGCGAGAGGCUCACACGAGCCUGUGACCAGCUCUCUGCUGUGCAUGUAAGAAGGGAGAAUGUAACUCUGCUAAGUAAAGGAACUUGCUGGGGCAAGUUAGGAAGGAUAUCAAUAAACUAUGUAUCCUCUCAUGCCACCCUGAACAUUCCCACUUGGCUCAGGGCCCCCGUUCUUCUGAGAUCCGCAACCUUAGCCUCCUCCCCCCCCCCAUACUCAAGACCUGAGCCACCAAAUGUGGGUGGGUUGCGGACGCAAUUUUGGUUUCCAAACUCUUCUUUUUCUCCCCCCAAAUUCCUCUCCCCAUUUGCUCGGCCACCUUUGGCGGAGGUCUCCUUUCCCUGGGUGCCAUCUGACAAAUAGCUGCCUCUCUUUCCUCCUCCUCACCCAUUCCUUUUCCUUCUCUGCCUUUGCUGCAUGAAUACGUUCCUCAGCGGAGGAAGCCUGUUUGAAUGAUGGACUGGUUUUUAAUCCUGCUUCUAGGACCAUGAAAGGGCACAGGGGAUUUUGGGUAUUGUUACCGAACUGGGAGCUGGGAAGGAAUGAUUUUCACCUUGUUGUUUGGCUGAGGUCACCAAAGCUUGCUAAGGCUAUCUGUCUAUUCUGACGACUCUGUUAUUCUGGUUAUCGGUCACUAACAGGGUUUAGAUAUACCGCAAAGCAUUUAAGUGGCUCGCAUCAAAAUUAUAAGAUGGACGUAUCAAUAACCAGGGUCUGUCUAUAUCUGCGGCUGAGAUCAAAAUUGUUCAGCACUACAUUGUUACCAAGAACUUGCAGACUUUCAGCUGUUUGCAAAUCAAAGUUGCGUUUUCAGCUGAAAUUGGGGGAACCAAAUAUCAUUUGGGAGAUUAUAUAUGACAAAAUGAAAAGGAUGUUUAAAAUAAAGUUUGUAAACAACCCCAGAAGAUUUUCUUUUGGGAAUUAUAGGGACAGAACUACCUAAACUAUAUAGAAAUUUGUUCAUAUAUGCUACUACAGCGGCAAGAAUGUUACGUGCCCCAAAAUGGAAAGAAGCAGAAGACCCAGCAAAGGAAGAACAGAUACAAAAACUUAUGGAAUAUUCAGAAAUGGCGAAACAUACCAGGAGAAUUAAGAAAUCAAGAUAACAAACUUUUUAUAAAAGAAUGGAGAUGGUUCAUUGAAUAUUUACAGAUAAAUUGUAAACAGAUAAAAACAUUGGCAGGAUUAUUUUAAUAACCUGCAGUUUCAUAAGAGUAUAUAUUUAAAGAUGAAUAACUGACCAAAGUAGGUGAAUUUGAAUAUGCAGAAGAGAUUAAAAAAUAAAUUUAAGGAACCGCAGAAAGAGGCGGAAGGAAGUCAAGUUUUGAAAUGUCAAAACGAUACUCUGGUUUCUCUUCAGAUCGUAUAAAUCUUUUGCCUUUUUCAAAAGAACACUUUUUAAAAAGCAGUUACAGCCAACUGAAUUCUACUCUGAGUUUACACUCGUUGAAACGAACGGCGCUUCAUUUGUCACACAUUUCCGUUUGGGUCUGCUCUCGAGUAUGACUGACGUUGGAGACGACCCAUAUGUUGUUGUUGAGUCGUUUAGUGGUGUCCGCCUCUUCGUGACACCCUGGACCAGAGCACGCCAGGCCCUCCUGUCUUACACUGCCUCCCGCAGUUUGGUCAAACUCAUGCUGGUAGCUUCGAGAACACUAUCCCACCAUCUCGUCCUCCGUCGUCCCCUUCUCCUUGCGCCCUCCAUCUUUCCCAACAUCAGGGUCUUUUCCAGGGAGUCUUCUCUUCUCAUGAGGUGGCCAAAGUCUUGGAGCCUCAGCUUCCGGAUCUGUCCUUCCAGUGAGCACUCAGGACUGAUUUCCUUCAGAAUGGAGAGGUUUGAUCUUCUUGCAGUCCAUGGGACUCUCAAGAGUCUCCUCCAGCACCAGAAUUCAAAAGCAUCCAUUCUUCGGCGAUCAGCCUUCUUUAUGGUCCAGCUUUCACUUCCAUACAUCACUACUGGGAAAACCAUAGCUUGAACUAUACGGCCCUUUGUCGGCAAGGUGAUGUCUCUGCUUUUUAAGAUGCUGUCUAGGUUUGCCAUCACCUUUCUCCCAAGGAGCAGGCAUCUUUUAAUUUUGUGGCUGCUGUCACCAUCUGCUGUGAUCAUGGAACCCAAGAAAGUAAAAUCUCUCGCUGCCUCCAUUUCUUCCCCUUCUGUUUGCCAGGAGGUGAUGGGACCAGUGGCCAUGAUCUUCGUUUUUUUGAUGUUGAGCUUCAGACCAUAUUUUGCGCUCUCCUCUUUCACGACCCAUAUACGUUAUAAAAUUAUGAAUUGCCCUCAAAAAAUUUGCAAGGCGCUGGAAAAAAAACCAGUGCAGUGAAUAUCAAUGGGCAGGCAGUUCCAAAGGUGAACAAUGAUAUGAGUACUAUUCCAUGCUUUGAUGAGUCAGAUGCCAUCAUCACCACCAUCAAUUUUAAUUUGUAUGCCGUCUUUCUAUCUUACAAUACUCAAGGCGGUUUACAAGCUGAAGAAACAAAAAACGUACGUCUUAUAACAAUCUAACGCAAUGCAAAAAUGUGAUAAUAAAACACAUCAAAAAAGGAACAUUCAACAAUCAAUUACAACAACAGUACAUUAUUGCGGUCCAAAGACCCACGAAACAAUUUCAAAACUAGAUACUAGAAACUGUUGGUUUCUAUUUCCCUCACUGAGCAGCAACUGCAGUCACAAGACAUUGUUUUGCAUUCCACAGUCAGAGGUACUGUUGGAGUUUCUCACGGGAAAGGGAGACUGGAUGUGACGUACACUGGUUUCCUGUUUUUCUCUGUGUGUUUCUCUCCAAGCUGUCGAGGAGAGAGGAUGCAAUUUUCUGCUCCUGCAGAGGCAAGAUGUCUUUCUGUAAUAUACCAGCUUUGAACUGUAAAUAAAGCAAUAAAGGGUAUGUACCACAUUUUCCUCAUCCUUCCGCUGGGCACGACAGACUCUGCUUAAAUCAACACGUGGUUAUGGGCCCAGAGGUCGAAUCGGAGUGCCGGCAAGAGGAUCGGAAUGCAGAGGGACGGAUCGGAAAGGAAUCUGCUCUGCGCGUAGAAGUGAUUGAUGAGGUAUGUGCUACUGCUCCGGGCAGCCUGCCAGCUUCAAGAUAAUGGCUUUAUGGCUGGACUUUGAACUUUUAAAGCCGGUUUUGCCGGGAAUAGGCAAAAGGCUCCCAGGCACAAGUCACUAUGCUGGGGAAAUCGAAAGUAACUUUUAAGUGUGCCUUUGUAAUGAAGCAGCUGCAGCAGUGACGCAGCAAGAUUUAAAGCAGCAUAUGACGCUGAAGGCUAAUGCCAGAGUCAUGAUGGCCCUUCAGGAUGCUUGUGGGAUUCCUAAGCUCAACAAGAAAAAUUACAGCGACUGGGUUCAGUAUGCAGAGGCAAUUCUGCGGAAAGAGGGUUUGUUUGAGGUGAUUACAGAAACCCCCAGUUCCAGUUACUGAUGCAUGGGAAGCUAAGGAUUCCAAAGCAAGGGGAACUCUUACAUUGAUAGUAUCCCCAGAAGAGCUCUGUCUAUUGCGUGAUAAGACCUCAGCCAGAGAAAUUUGGGACGCUCUGAGAGAGGCUCACUUAAGGACAGAAGCUGGAUCCACUAUGUUUUAUUUUAACAAGCUGCAUAAUAUGGCUCUUGCUGAAGGUGGAGAUGUACGUUUACAUCUAAUGGAGAUGCAAAAUCUGAGACAUGAGCUGCAACAGAGAGGACUCAACUUUCCAGAGGCUGUGUAUUCUUUCAUGAUACUACAAUCUUUGGGUUCAGGUUGGGAGUCUGUUGCAACCCAGAUUGCUGUGCAACCAACUGCUCAGCUGACAGUGGACUUUGUUACUGCCGUGAUUUUAAAUGAAGCAGAUCGCCGGGUGCUAGCUGCAUGGGCAAGGGGAGUCUUCACAGACGUCAUCCCAUAGUGCAGUGGAACCACCAGAUGGCGCCAAAGCUUUGAAGGCAGUGAAAUGCUACUCGUGUGGACGUCUAGGCCAUAUGAAGAGGGAAUGCAGACAUCCCAGGGCCAAGACAGAGCAGCGCAGCGAAAGCUCAUCGCGCGGAAAAGGCCGAGGCAAAGGCAAAGGUCCGGUGUCUAGGACAACGCAGCACAAGGCUAUGGUUUCACGCUUCACUCCAAAGGUUGCAGAGGUCCAGAAGACGUCUAGAUCUUUCUUCGUUGUUGAUUCAGCGGCCACCCACCACAUGUGCAACGAUAAGAAACUGUUUGUGUCUUUUACACCGCAGGAAGGUGCGAUUCACCAGGCGGAUGACCACACUAUUCCCAGUAAAGGCUACGGAACUGUUGUUCUUCACAGUUUGGACUUAUCGAUACAGAAUGUGCUUUACGUGCCAGACGCCAAACAUAAUCUGCUCAGCGUUGGACAGCUGAAUGAGCGGAACAUUGACGUUUCCUUCAAGAACAAGAAGUGCAUCAUCACAAAGAAAAAUGAUUAUGUAUUGCAUGCAGAAUAUGUUGAUCAUUUGUUUGUUUUGUAUUAUGAUGAUGUGGUGCAGGAUGACACUUGUUGCAUUGCAGGUUCUAACAAAAGUUUGCAUGCAGAAUGUAUUCACGAUUUUCAUCGCAAAUUUGGUCAUUUGCAUUUUGAGGCAGUAUCUAAAAUGCCUGCCUUGGUUGAAGGUAUGACUAUUAAACCCUGCAGGUACCACAUGAAGUGCAAAGCAUGCGCAGCAAACAAAGUGAAAAUGGCUGCGAAAGGUAAGGUGUCUAGUAGGAAAGCUACAGAACCAUACCAGGUUGUUCAUGCUGAUUUGGUUGGACCACUACCGCCCUCUUUGGGUGGAAAUAGAUACUUCAUGGUUCUCAUUGAUGCAUUUUCUAGAUAUAUUUUUGUGUACAAUCUCAAGCAGAAAUCGGAGGCUUUUCCUAGGUUCAAGGAAUUCUGUGCUUGGUUGGAAAAUGUGCAUGGUAAGAAGAUAAAGACUCUUUUCAGUGAUCGCGGGGGGGAAUUCACUUCUCAGCAGUUUGAAGCUUUUCUGACUGAGAAAGGAAUUCAACACGAUUUGUCUAGUCCUCGCUCGCCAUGGCAGAAUGGACUUGCGGAACGGGCAAAUCAGACUUUGCUUCAAGGGUUAAAAACCUUGCUGCAUGAUGCCAAUCUUCCAGAGAGUUAUUGGGCCGAAUCUCUCUCGUGUUUUGUUUACAGUUACAAUCGCAGAUUAUCUUCAGCGAUUGGUUGUACCUCUAUGAGAAGAUGUUUGGCAAGAAGCCAUACAUCAAACACAUGAAGAUUUUUGGUUCUGACAUGUGGGUUCGCUCACCACAAAACUCCAAGUUAGACAAGCGUGGAUUGCAUGGUAUCUUUCUAGGUUAUCAGAAAGGGUCUUACAGAAUAAUGAUGACUGACUCUAAGACAAUUAAGCUCACGAGAAGUGUUGAGUACAAUGCAAAGUGGGGGAGAAUGUGGGAAUUUUCCAAUGUUAUCCUGAUGACGGUGAUGAGACUGAGGAUAGUCAAAAGCAACCACAACAGCCCACACCCACUGAUGAAGGUUCUGAGUCUGAAUCUGAAACUGAAUCGGGUGAUUCAGAGGAUUUCAAGAGUGCGAAAGCCUCUAUGCGACCCUCUGAAAGCUCUGAUCAAGAAUUGGAGGAACCAUUGUUCACAAUAGGUCGUUUUUCUCCUAAGAAGGAAGAGGAGAGUGUUGAAGACUUAAGGAUAAUUCGUAGGUCACAGUGAGCCACAACAGGCAAACGUCGAAAGUGAUUUGCUGAUGAGUUUGCUAAGAUAGCAGUAACAGCUGUUAAAAGCUCCAAGAAGGUAUUUGAACCUUCAAGUUUCCAAGAAAUCCAGGGUUUGGAUUCAAAGGAAGCUGAGCCAUGGUUAAAUGCCAUGAAGGCUGAGCUUGAUUCCUUAGAAAGGAACAAAACAUGGGAGCUAGUUCCAGUAGUUCCAGGAAUGAAACUGCUUGGAAGCAAAUGGGUCUUCAAAGCGAAGACAGAUCAAAAUGGCAAGAUAGUCAGACACAAAGCCAGAUUGGUAGCCAGAGGUUUUGCACAGGUACCAGGUGAAGACUAUCACGAGACCUAUUCACCCACAGUGAGAUAUGAAAGCAUUAGGCUUAUGCUCAAGCUAGCUGCAGAGGAAAAUCUACACAUUAGUCACCAUGAUAUUAAUACAGCUUUUCUGUACGGAUCUCUAGAUGAAUCACUUUAUAUGCUUCCACCUGAUGGCGUACAGGUAAAACAGGGAUUUGUUUGUGCUCUGAAGAAAUCCCUUUAUGGUCUCAAACAAAGUGCACGGUGUUGGCACACAAAACUCACUGAAGUAUUGUUUUCUCUAGGUUUUCAGCAAGGGAAAGCUGAUCCAUGUGUAUUUGUCAAAGAGGAGGGGCAAAAGAAACUGUACUGUUUGUUUUAUGUUGAUGAUUUAUUAUUCUUUUGGAAAGAUGUCGCAAUGUACAAUAGCGCCCUAGCUCAACUGAAAGAGCACUUUGACAUGAAAGAUCUUGGUGAGGUAAACAACUACCUAUCUCUGGAAAUAGAGAGAGAUCAAGAUGGUAACAUUCUAGUACACCAGUCACGGAAAAUUGCUGAUGUGUUAAGCAAACUAAAUCUGAUGGAUGCUAACCCUGUAGACACACCGAUGACAACAGGUUAUCAGGUAGAUGACACUGAAGAAGCAUUUUCUGACACUACACUGUACAGGAGUGUGCUAGGCAAGCUAAACUUCAUUGCCAGAUGUUCAAGACCAGACAUUGCUGUUAGCUGUAAUUUGCUAAGCAGACAAGUCAACAAUCCUAGUGUCAAGGAUUGAAAGCUCUGAAACGCAUAGCGCGGUAUUUGAAAGGCACUAUGCAUUACAGACUGAGAUUUAACAAUCAGAAGUCUGGUGGUCUUGAGAUAUUUGCAGAUGCAAGUUUUGGAAGUGACGCUACAGACAGGAAAAGUACGUCUGGAGUUUGCUACAUGUACAAUCAGAGUCUGUUUGAUUGGUCAUGCAAGAAGCAAACAACAGUUAGCUUAAGUACUUGUGAAGCUGAACUGAAUGCACUGUCUUAUUCACUUAAGGAUUGUGAAUGGUUAGUACAAUUGUGCAAAGAUAUGAAAAUUCCUGUCAAAUGUCCAAUCCAGGUUUACCAGGACAACAAAGCAUGUUUGGCUUUGCUGAAGUCUGAAGGUUGUAAGCAAAGCACAAAGCACUUGCAAUUAAAGUUGCAGCAUGCUAGGGAAUGUAUUCAGAAGGGACUCGUAACGGUGUCCUAUAUGCCAGGUAAUGAAAUUCCUGCUGAUGUAUUGUCCAAGAUUGUAUCAAGGGAUCAACACUGUACCUAUGUGCAGAAGUUGGGUUUGUACUGAUAUUGUACGAACACGCUGCCCAGUGAUGUUCAGAGAAAGGGGAGGAUGUUGGUUUCUAUUUCCCUCACUGAGCAGCAACUGCAGUCACAAGACAUUGUUUUGCAUUCCACAGUCAGAGGUACUGUUGGAGUUUCUCACGGGAAAGGGAGACUGGAUGUGACGUACACUGGUUUCCUGUUUUUCUCUGUGUGUUUUUUUCUCUCCAAGCUGUCGAGGAGAGAGGAUGCAUUUUUCUGCAUCCUGCAGAGGCAAGAUGUCUUUCUGUAAUAUACCAGCUUUGAACUGUAAAUAAAGCAAUAUAGAGUAUGUAGCACAUUUUCCUCAUCCUUCCGCUGGCAACGAGACUCUGCUUAAAUCAACAGAAACGGCCAGACAGACAGAUGGAAGACAAUCGUUAGAACAGUAUAAAAUAACAAUAUCAGCAUAUGAAAGUUGAACAGAAAUUCAGUCUUAACAGUUACAGUAAACCAUUUCUAAACUAUAAUCAAUAAAACAAUGGGAAGCCACAGCAUGUAAAAUAAUGCAAUACAAAUUGAGAAGCAGAGACUAGAGGAAGGCGGAUGGAAGGAGCCUUGCCUGAUGAAAUCUCUCCCCUCACAGUUCUUCCAGGGAAAGAUUUCUCCAAAAAAAAUAUGAUAAGAUAGGAAGGACCUCUCAAAAGUGGGGAGCCUCUGAAGCAAGCGUCAGUCCUCAGUCCACCAACAAGUUUUUGGGGGUUUUCUUGGAGAGGGGAGGAGCGGGAGAAAUCACCAGACAGGGAAUGGGCUGAAAGUUUGUGCACUAAUUUCCCGUUCUGCAUCUCCAUGCUUCCCUCCCUCUGCCGGGCAGGAUCCGGAGUGGACGACCCCGUAGGAGAGGUCUCCAUCCACGUGGAACUGAUCACCCACCCUGGGACCGGGGAGCAUAAGGUCACCGUAAAAGGUGAGCUGGAACUGGCGGUCGUAGACUUGGCUCAUCUAGUCUGUGUUAGAAUUCCUGCUCCGCGAUUGCAGUCAUGGGAUUGUUGUCUAUCACAUGACGGUGUGUGUUUUGACUCCAUAUGUAGCCUUAUUAGACUUUGCUCUGCUUUGCUCCCGGACAGGAGGAAGGAAGUCAAAUGACACCGAGGGUUGGUUCAGAGAAAGAGUUCUUUAUUUCUGCUCUCCGGAACAGCAGAAAGGCACCUGCGUGGUCAGUCCACAGCAAGUCCAAAGAAAUGAGAAAUUUCGUGCAGUAUAUAUAUCCUCCAGGCACCCUCUCCCCCCUUCCCCAGGAAUCCAGCCACUUCAGCUUAUACACGCAGGUUGACAUCACAGAUGUUCCUGCUCUGGCACUCUUAACCAUAAAAGGGUAUUCCUUCCUAUACUUCUGACCAUAAAAGGAUCUUCCUUCCUGUACUUCUGACCAUAAAAGGAUCUUCCUGUUCCUACUCUUAUCUUGGAGCAACAGGUCACCAUCUCCAAGAACACCCUCUGGCGCUGUUCCCAGACUAGGUCUGUGCGCCUUUGUGGUCAGGAUAUAAGAUAAGGCACAGAUGUGUCUUCCCUGUUCUACUGGUACAGUCAAGGUCAUCCUUGCCGUCACAAACUGAUAAAGGAGAGGGCUCUGAGCACUUGUUUAUACAGCUGGUUUUUUGGCUCAAGAGCUCAAGUUAAAGCAUUUUAGCUAAGGAAAAAUAGGGAUUUUGGUGCAGUUUCAAACUGCCUGCACAGUCAGUUUUGGGUUUGGGAAACCCAUUCCUUCACACAAAGUGGGAAGUGACGGAGACAGGAUGUUUGUGUUCCGUGAAGUGGGACUCUUGUCCUUUGUUCUUUUUUACUCUUUGCUGACCGAUGCUAGAGAGAGAGGGAGCCAUGUUGCAGUGCUCCGUGUGUGUUUAUAUGCAAAUAAAGUAGAUUAGCCAAAAUGCUGAGGUCUGUCACGCGAACUGCACUGACUCUGCGGAUCCCUAAGUGUGCCGAUGUCGGUUGGCAUCCGUCGCUGCGAUGUUCGGGCAGAAGAAAGCUUUUAAAGCUCCCGAACGAUCGACCAGGAGGGAGAGAACAUGCCAGUCGGGCAUGUGUCUCUGCCAGGGGCCUACUCGAGUGUAGGGCAAGCUCCUGACCACCACCACUCCAGCAAUGCAGAAAUGCAGCACUUCCGUAUGGGAAUCAAACCUGCAACCUUGCUGUUAUAUUGUGGGAAUGUUGUGGAUAGUAGGAGAGGAUCUAUUGAUUGAAUAGUCUCCUUCCACGCUUUUUUAUUUUAUUUGUUUUUUAUCUUAUAUUUUGGAAAUGUACACCCAGUUUUUCUUUUCCUUUUAAUUUUUGGGGGGCCCCUAAGAGAGCAGGGCCCUAAGCUAGAGCUUAUUUAGUUUAUCCGUAAAUCCGACACUACUCAGGACCAUGGAGAUGUUCUGCCCUUUGAUCUGAAGUUUAGGGCCAGAUUUCGGUUUGAUGAGGCACUCAGCUCCUGAAGGGAAUGGGGCCCUUUCUAUGUCCAGCUGUCCUUUGUCCACAACAAAUUGUCGCUGGUUUUUUGUGUUGAAUAUAUGCUAUAUGGCAAUUUAUGGACCUAAUAGGUAUCUCAAGCCAUUAGCCCAUGUUGCCCUGCAACCAGUCAAUGCAGAAUGUAGGCACCCUAUAUAUAGAAAGGAGCAAACCAGGGAUAUUUUAGGGAGCAGGCAGGGCCCAUGACUGACAUCCGUGAUGGCCAAACUUGGCCCUCCAGCUGUUUUGGGACUACAACUCCCAUCAUCCCUAGCUAACAGGGCCAGUGGCCAGGGGUGAUGGGAAUUGUAGUCCCAAAACAGCUGGAGGGUGGAGUUUGGCCACCACUGACUUACAUCCUAGGAGCCUACACAACACAAAACACUAUAUAUAGAAAGGAGCAAACCAGGGAUAUUUUAGGGAGCAGGCAGGGCCCAUGAUUUACAUCCUAGGAGCCUACACAACACAAAACACUGUUGCUGGGUGUAGGUUUUAUUUUAUUUGUUUUUCAUCUUAUAUUUUGGAAAUGUACAUCCAGGUUUCUUUCCUUUAAAUUUUUUGGGGGGCCCCAAGAGAGCGGGGCCCUAAGCUACAGCUUGUUGAGCUUAUACGUAAAUCCAGCACUGCGCCUUUCUCUCGCCCAGUGGUAGCCGCCAACGACCUGAAGUGGCAAACGUCGGGGAUCUUCCGCCCCUUUAUUGAGGUCAACAUCAUCGGGCCCCACCUCAGCGACAAGAAGAGGAAAUUCGCCACCAAGUCCAAGAACAAUAGCUGGUCUCCGAAAUACAACGAGAGCAUCCAGUUGUAAGUGAUUGUCCUUUCUCCCCGUUCCUUCAUCUCGGGAGUAACUCAAGAAGGGCAAUUAUAGCAAACCUCGGUCCUGCCUCCUCGCCAGGCCAGCCGUCUCGAUUUGCAAUACACCUCCGCCAGUAAAGCGAGAUGAGUGCCGCAACCCCAGAGUCGGCCAUGACUAAACCUAACAGUCAGGGGUCCCUUUACCUUUACCUUUAAGAACCAUUUUAUAGGGACAUGGGUGGCGCUGUGGGUUAAACCACAGAGCCUAGGACUUGCCGAUCAGAAGGUCGGCAGUUCGAAUCCCCGCAAUGACGGGGUGAGCUCCCGUUGCUCGGUCCCUGCUCCUGCCAACCUAGCAGUUUGAAAGCACACCAGUGCAAGUAGAUAAAUAGGUACCGCUCCGGCGGGAAGGUAAACGGCGUUUCCGUGCGCUGCUCUGGUUCACCAGAAGUGGCUUAGUCCUGCUGGCCACAUGACCCAGAAGCUGUACGCCGGCUCCCUCGGCCAAUAAAGCGAGAUGAGCGCCGCAACCCCAGAGUCGGCCACGACUGGACAUAAUAGUCAGGGGUACCUUUACCUUUUAAGAACCAUUUUAAAAUAUUGACAAAAUAUUUUUUUACACAUGUUAAAAAGUGUUGGUACUGACCUUGAAAGCCCUAAACGGCCCAGUAUCCCUGAGGGAGCAUCUCCACCCCCAUCAUUCAGCCCAGACACUGAGGUCCAGCUCCGAGGGUCUUCUGGCAGUUCCCUCCCUGCGAGAAGCGAGGUUACAGGGAACCAGGCAGAGGGCCUUCUCAGUGGUGGCACCCACCCUGUGGAACGCCCUCCCACCAGAUGUCAAGGAAACAAUGUGUUUGUGCAAUGCGCUCGAAAAGCACUCAAAGCUUUAUAUUUGUGGCUCUGUAGCUGAAUGGCGCUGUGGGUUAAACCACAGAGCCUAGGACUUGCCUAUCAGAAGGUUGGCGCUUCGAAUCCCCGCAAUGACGGGGUGAGCUCCCGUUGCUCGGUCCCUGCUCCUGCCAACCUAGCAGUUCGAAAGCACGUCAAAGUGCAAGUAGAUAAAUAGGUACCACUCCGGCGGGAAGGUAAACGGCGUUUCGUGCGCUGCUCUGGUUCGCCAGAGCGGCUUAGUCCUGCUGGCCACAUGACCCAGAAGAUGUACGCCGGCUCCCUCGGCCAGUAAAGCGAGAUGAGCGCCGCAACCCCAGAGUCGGCCACGACUGGACCUAAUGGUCAGGGGUCCCUUUACCUUUUUAGCUGAAUCCACCUUUUCCCUCCCGCAGCGCCCUGGGCACUGAGACGGGCCCCGAAUGCUACGAGCUCCAGGUCUGCGUGAAGGACUACUGCUUUGCCCGCGAGGACCGGACGGUGGGCAUCGCCAUCUUGCAGCUGAAGGACCUCCUGCAAAGGGGCAGCUGCGCCUGUUGGCUGCCCCUCGGCCGCCGCAUCCACAUGGACGACACGGGGCUGACGGUCCUGCGCAUCCUCUCGCAGCGCAACAACGACGAGGUGGCGAAGGAGUUCGUGAAGCUCAAGUCGGAUACGCGCUCGGCCGAGGAGGGCAGCGCCAGCUAAGCCCCACUGUGCCCUGCCCUCUCCCUGCCCUCCCAGUCCUGUGGUCCGUCAGCCCCAUGGCCUCCUAGCAUCACCUCCCGACCCUCGUUUAUGCAGCCAUGUCGAAGCCAUAAGAGAUUCCCGCCUUCCCCUUCCUCCCUGAAUUUGGGAGCCUCGCUCCCGCUGCCAAGGAUCAAACACCCUCCGAACACACACACACAUUGCCAAAUCCGUUCAGUAUUAGCCGCUGUGGGGCAGAGGGCAAAGAGGGGAGCCUCCCCCCCCCCAAGUCAGGACCCUUGGCCCGUCCAGUCCAGCAUCGGAGAAAGGGGCGUUCUCUGCCCUACCUGAAGAUGCCCACGGUUGAAUCUCCUGCAGGGAAACAGGGCUCUGGCGCUGAAACGCUACAUUUCUGGAAACCGGGGCCAAAGGUCCUGCUGCAUGUUUCCCAAGACUGACCCGCCUCCUUCUCACUCAUGGCAUAGCUGUCAACCGUCCCGUAUUUGGCGGGACAGUCCCUUAUCCCAGCGCCAUGUCCCACUGCUGUCCCUUAUUGAUAAAGUCCCUUAAAUUUCCCAGGUUUCAAAGGAAGCAGCUCCUCUCCCUCACUCCCUGCUGGCCAGGGAGGAGGUAGGCUCCAACUGUG